AUGAGCGGCGACCAGGAGCCAGAGUGAGUGCUACCUGUACACCCUGUGUCUAUAGACCGUGUAGGGGGCCCUUUAAUGGGCACUUUGUGUUUCUGCCCACGGAUGAGGAGUUCUGAAUACAUUGUAUCUGUUUACUGCAUGGGCUGCGUGCGCCCAACAUUCCAACGUUCUAUCCGUAUCCAUGAUAUACAGUCCUAGCAAUACUCUGCUUAGAAAUAGCUUUAUGGGUGUAUUACAUGCAGGGCAUGCAUUGCUAUGGAGUAAAAUCACUGCCUCGUUCUAUAUUGCCUGUUGGUCUGUUUCCUGCACAUUUUCUUGCAUUAGAUCCCUAAUUAUCCUGUUGUCCAAUCCAUAUAUUGGAUAAUGUCAUUCACUAAGUGCUUCUAGAAUUGUGAAUCACAGAAAGCUGGGUAGCUGGCCUAGUCUCCAUGGCUGUACAUAUGGUAUCUGUUUGCUAGUUCUGUGUGCAGCUAUGUUUCGUGUACUGUGUGCAGCCCCGUUGCAUGUUUGAUCCCUUACAGUUUGGGAGUCCUUGUAUAUUGCUUGAACGUUUUUUGAGAAUUCUGAUCCUUGUUGCAUAUGUAUUUACAAACAUAGGAAUGUCCAUAUACCUCAUUUGCCAGUCAUGUAUAUGUAUGCUUAUUCUUCCAUAUACCUUUCUGAGUAUAUACAUUUAAUUUUAAUCCUCACAAGAAGCAUAUCUCAAAAACUAGUGUCUAAUAUUAUUUUAGACUAGUUUCUAUGCUGUAUGUAAAUAUCCACAUGUUGUGUGUGUUUUUUUUUUUUUGUUUUUGUUUUUGUGUGCAUUUAAAGUUGAUUUAUUUGUGUUAUAUGUUUAGUUUAUAUAGGAGGCUAUUGCAUGUAAUUAUGACUUACACAAGUGUCUGGAUUCAUGUUUAUUUCCCCCCAGAUGAUUCUAAAACAAAGGUGUAAAUGCUUGCCUAACUAUUUACUGUGUAUUCGUUAGUAUGUUUAAAUGUAUGUGUUCUGGUGUACUUGGUGCAUACUCUCUCUCUCUCUCUCUCUAUAUGCUAUAAAAACUAGCUUCCUGCAUGACUCACCUAAGUCAUGUUCCAUUGUUAAUGUCAUGAUAUGAAGAAUUAUGGUGUGGCUAAUGUGCCUGCAGGCAUGGUAGAAUGUACAGGUAGAAGUGCAAGAUUAACUAGGAUCUGUUAUUUCUGUGUAUUGCAAAAAUACAUUGAGACAAACAUGUGCUCCCAACCUUAUAUGAAGUUUUCAUGACAUGCCAUGAGAUAUUGAUUGUGACCCUUUUUUCUUCUAAUACAUAACAGGCAGAUUGCAUUUUGUGAGAAUGGAAUUUCUGUGUUUAAUAAAUGCUGUGUGUGUUAGUCUGUCAUUUGGGUAUAAAACAACGCUUUUAUAUUAAUUAACAUUGCUGGGUUAUAAUGUUAUGUAUAUGCAGUUGAAACAGUGUUUAUGUGUACCCCGUGUAUCAACUAUGCUAGUAUUCUAAUACCACCAGCUCAGAGACACUGUAUGUAAUUCAUUGUCACAAUUUGUGACACUUGCGUGUUGUAUGUUCGUGUGGUUGGUAAUCUGAAUAUACCACUAGUAUACUCCUAAUGCUUUAUGCCAUUUAGCUUUGUGACUGUAAACGCUAUCAGAUAUAUCUUUUCAGAUAUACAUGUCUUGCAGUGUGCUGUAAUUAUUGCAAUUAAUUGCAGGGGUGUCCAAAGAGUAGAUGCCCAGAGGUCAAAACUCCAAUUCCCAUUAUGCUUCUGUAGCUACAAUAGCUGAAGACUAUAUUUUUGUCCAGCCCCAAUUUGUGGGUUGUUUGUUCGUUUUGCUAUGUCCUAAUGUGUCUAGUGCUGAGUGUCUGCUCGUUGAGUGCCAAUCACGAGUGUCACUCAUUGUGUUCACUGUAAUGGGUGUCCUGAAUGUUUGUUUAUUUCCUGUGUGGUGUACUCCCAGUGUCCGUUCCCUGUGUGUUGCCUGUCAACUCUGCUUUUCCAGUUUCCUCAGCUAAUUUCUUUUAAAUUUAUUUUUUAUUUAAAGUUGCCUUGUUCAAUAUGAUUAUUUUCUUUGUGUCUUUUUGUGGUUUGUUGUUUAUUCCCUAUGCUCAGUGCCUGCUCCAUGUGUUGCUCUCUGUGUACUGUAUGCAGCCAUCCGCCAUGUUGUGCUGCUGUUUUGUGAAUUGUUCUUGUUUGCAUAGCAGGAUCCCAUUCAUAAAAUGUUCCCUCCCCAUGUCACCUUCACAUACUAUGACAUGUUGGAGAGACUGGAGGGGGAAGGGCAGGCAGAGGCGAGAGAGCUAAAAGCAAGUCAGGCUGAGCAGAGUGGUUUUUCAGGCAGGACAGGCUGUGUGUGUAUGUGGAGGGAGGGUUAGAACUGUGCAGGCCAAGGUUAGUGGGGGUAUCGGGCAGCACAGCCUGGGGAGGACUGUUAGUUCAAGUCAGACUGAGUAGAAUGGGGAUGAUUUUGACAAUCUUUAGGGUGUAGGACGGGCUGAGUAGUAGAGGAGAGAAGAGACUAAAUUCAGGUUUUAAGGAUAGACGGGGGGAUAGGGCAGAGUAUAGUCAGGAUAAAAGGGGGGCUCAGCCAGGGUAGGCUGUGUUUAAGGGGGGCAUAUAGUUGACUGAAUAUAACAAAUGGGCUUGGACAAAGGUAUGCUGAGGAUAAGGGGGUGGUAGACUGAAAAUAAAGAGGGUUCUAGAAUAGUGGUAGGCUGAAGAUUAAGGGGGUGCUAGGAUAAUGGUAGGCUGAAGAUUAAGGGGGUGCUAGGAUAGUUGUAGGCUGAGGAUAAAGGAGGUCUAGGAUAGUGGUUACCUCAGAUUUAGGAGGUGUUAGAACAGUGUAUGUUGGACGACCAGGUAGGCAGAGAAUAAAGGGGAGGUAGAACAGGGUGGACUGAUGAUAAAGGGGGAGGUAGAACAGGGUGGACUGACGAUAAGGGUGGUAGAACAGGGUAAGACUGAGUAUAAGGGUGGUAGAACAGGGUAAGACUGAGGACAAAGGGGGGCUAGGACAGGGUAAAACUGAGGACAAAGGGGGGCUAGGACAGGGUAAAACUGAGGACAAAGGGGGCUAGGACAGUGUAGGCUGUGGAUAAAGGGGGGCUAGGACAGUGUAGGCUGUGGAUAAAGUGGGGUGGGGGCUAGGACAGGGUAGGCUGAUGAUAAAAGGGGUCUAGAGCAGAGUAGUCUGAGGUUAAAGAGGGGUAGUAUAGGGUAGACUGAGGAUAAGGGGCUAGAACAGAAUAGGUGGUGUAUAAAGGAGGGGGCCCUGACCGGUUAGGCUGAGGAUAAAGGGGGCGGGGGGGCUUUGGGCAUAAUAGACUUUGGACUAUGUCAGGGGGUUUGUGCAUGACAAACUGAGAAGUUAUUGGGGUGGAAUUGCACCAUGACAGACUCAGGAGAAUUUUGCGAGUUUUGGGCAUAUGAAAAAUAUGGGUGAAUCUUAUGGAAGCGUUGGCCAAUAACAUGGCCUGUUCGUGUAGGAUGGGAUUAAUGGAUUAUGGCAGGUUGGGGAGAACAUUGUAGGGUUUGGGCAAAUGAACUUGAGAAAUAAAGGCUGAAAAUAAAUAUUUUAGUGUAAAAUAGUGUUCUUAGAAUGGGGAAGUUUAGUCCAUGGUAAACCCUUUAUUUUCCUUCGUCCAAGAAGUAUAUGGAAGUCCUUUUAAGGAUAUAGUGAGCAACAUCGUGUAGUUAUAAAGGAUAUGGAGAUCUGAAUUAGGGAAAGUUUUAUAUAAGUGUUGAAGCUGAGGAGAGGUGGUGAUAUAUUGCAUAUACAUAUGGCUGAGACAUGUAGAAUUGUGUAUUCUGUCAGGCAGGGUUGAAAGUACUGCCCGACAACAUGCAGAAAGCUUUAAAUCUCAAACGUAUCAACAGGACUGACUUAUAGAUUUAUCGCUGAUAUCCUAUGAAUUACAGAUACUGCUGGGCAGUAUUUUCAAGCCCUGGCCAACAGAAUGGCAGAAUUCAUGGUGCCCUAUAAAUCCGGUAAAUGAAGACACACACACAGUAUAGACAUUUAUCAGAGUCAGAUAAAACCAUCUCACUUUUUUAUUUAGUUUUUUCAAAACCAUUAAUCGUAUUAUAUAUAUAUUUUUUUGUAUAUGCUUUCUGUUGCUCUCAAUCUUUCUUCCCUCUCUUAGCUCCUAUAUCUCUCCCCUCUCCCUCUUUCCUCCUCGUCACAGCCCCCCUCCCCUUCCCCCCCUUUCCUGGCCUCUCCCUCUUUCCUCCCCCUCUGCCUGUUGACACAGUUAUGUGGGAAAUAUCAAUUCAGGGAGGCUCUGGUGUCACAUGACCACCUCCUCCAUUCAUAAAAUACCUGUGUCCAUUCACAAUACACUGAGUGCAUGAGUCCACUAGCAACAUACACACACACACCUGCAAAUGCUUGCUUUUCACAGACAAUAUGACCUCAAGGGUGUGUGUUUGGAGGGGAGGGGAGGGGCGGGGGGGGGGAGAGGGAGAGAGUACCCAUGUACACUAGCCUUUGGAGAGGGGGAGGGGAGAGUACCAUUUAUGUAUACUUCUGCCUUAGGGGAGUCACCGCUCACAGACUCUCCUGUUUUGCACGUUUCCCAUUCAUAUUACAGCUCUGCCUGGGGACACGUGUUGUUCACAGAUACUGCUUACCUUGGGUUUAUUUAACAAUCCUUGUGAGAUGAAUAGUGUGUCUUAUAAACAGAUACAUUUAUAUGCUGUUUGGGAGAGGGUUAUUGUUGAGUUCACAGUCUGCAGGUGAUGCUACAAGUAUGAUACAAUUUAUAAAUGUGGUCUUGGCAUGACUCAUGCAUUGCCACUGAUUAAAAGCAAGGAUUUGUGGAUAAUCUGGGGUCUUCUGCAUAUUGUGUGUGUAUAUAGUCUCUUUCCCUUCUCGUCUUUCAUUUUAUAGAUGUGAAUGAGAUUUGUGUAUACUGAUAAAAUUGGUAAGGGGAUUGAGGAAGGGGUGGAUGGCACCAAUGAUAGUCGAAGGGAGGGGGACGUUGUUUCUGGGCAAAGUCAUUCCAUCCAGGAGAAAAAGGGUUAACAUUUGGUCUUCCUUUUUUUUUUUUUUUUUCUCUCCUUAAUGGGUGUUUGUAAUAUAAGGACACUCCUCCUUGGAAAGAGCUCUGCAUUCCGUAGAUAUUCCUUUCCUGGGGUAUGCCAUGCAUAUCCAAACUCUUUCCUAGGGGAAAUGCCAUUUGAGCUGUAUUCUUUAUAGCAAGGGCCAAAUACAUCACCACUUUGAUAAUGUGCCCGUUGACGCACAGGUUUUUUUUUUAAGUGUACAUGAAACUCUCAUCAAUUAUCUGUUAGAUAUGAGCUGUAGAUUUAUUUACUGUGUGGUUGCAGCACAUACAAGGCUUUGUAGGUUUUUUUUUGUGUGUUUUUUGUCGUUGUCGUUGUUGUUGUUGUUGUUUUCUUUGGUCUGGUUUUCUGGCAGGUGGUAAAUAUGUAAUAUAUUUGGUAAAAUGUACAGAAUUAUUUAACCUCUUCACUACCACACAAUAAAGUACUAAACAACACCAACUCAUGGCGAUAAAUGUAAAAAAUGUAUUUAAAGCUUGAGUGUAUUUGCAGAAAAAUUAAGAUAAAUAUUGCAGGUAGCAAAACAUUUUAGAUUGGGUACAUUGACAGAAAAUACACAUUUCAUUUAAUGCAUUACCAUAUUUUAAAUAAAUGCAGUUAAUAAGUUUAGUUUCUAGAAAACGAAAAUCUGUUUAGAAAGGGCAAAUAUAGUUGCUAAUGUUUGUGUUUAGUGUGCCCUGUCCUUUUACUGCUGCCCAUUGAAGCACUGUAUUAGUUUAAGGCCCUUGUAUAAUGCUGGAAUGGAAGAUAUUGUACACAGUUCCUCUGAGCAUGAUAGGACUAUAAAUGGAUAUUGGUUUAUAAAAAAAAUUUCUUCCGCGAAGUUUAGUGUAAUCCUGUGUAUUCACUUUGCCCCAAAUUAUACCGAAGACAUCAUAUUGCAAAUUUGUUACCAUUUUAAUUUGGAAAAUGUUUACCCCAAAUCGGCUAUGUCACAGUUUUCUUAAUCUGAUUUUAAUCUUAAUUUUGCAAUAUGGUUUUUAAUUUACUACAAAAAAAUACACCUGAUUGGGGAUGGGUGGCAGACGUCUGCUACAAAUGUAUACAGUGGGUUAGCAGUGACAGGGUUAACUCGUUAGCAGUCGGUGAUCUGUCCUGCUGCACAAAAAUAUUAAUACUUUGCUGCUACUGUUAACUCUGUGAAUAUGUACUAAAUCAAUUAUAUAGCCUGUAGCCACUUAUAUACCAUGGCAAAAGAUGUUUUUGGUUUUUACCCACACUGUGCAAUAAUUCUGUGAAGGCCCAAUUUUUUAACAAACAGGGUUCUUAAUUUGAGGGUUUAUACAUUAACCAGUGAAUUGCGGGGGAACUAAAAACCAAAUGAUAAACUACAGGGCCGAAAUAGCUCUAGUUACUGGAGAAUUUUCAGCCAUUUUUGCUUCAAUAUUAUUAUUAUUUUAUUAUUUACAUAGCGCCAUAAGAUUCCGUAGCACUGGACAAUGGGUGGACUAACAGACAUGUAAUUGUAACCAGACAACUGGACUUACAGGAACAGAGAGGUGGAGGGCCCUGCUCAAUGAACUUAGAUUCUAAUAUUGAUAUUUGAUAUUCAAUUUACUAUUCAAAAAAUCUCUAUUGAGUAAAUAAAAAAAUAAAACCCAAUAUUGGGAAAUACAGAGAAUUACUAAUUGAAUUGCAAAUUUUAGGCUAAAAUAAAUAAUUUUCCAGCAUUUAUUAUUAUUAUUAAUAAUGGUAUUUAUAUAGCGCUAACUAAUUCCACAGAGCUUUACAAUAUUAUUUGUAACUCUAUUUUCCAGUUUGCAAUUCUCCUGUCAAUUAUUUAAGAUUUUGAUUUACUGAACUAUCUGGAAUAUUUUAGCCAGAGCAAAAUACAAGAUAUUUUUUCUCUCUAUUCUAUUUUUUUUAGGAAUGUUUGAGGGUCGAUGUCUACAGGAUGCUGUUGAGACAAUAAAUAGAAUUUUAAGCAAAGCAUAUAUCUUGAUAGGGAAUAACAUACUUUGUGACUGUAACAUUUUUUUUUUAUAAGAAAUUCUCAUCUUCCCUUUCCUCACAUGUUCCAAUGUGAACUAAUUUGUAUAUUUACUAUUAACAAGAAUUUCUGAUCUACAGUUACCCUUUUAUGGACAAGAGGUUUUGCUUAGAAUCUUCACUGAGGUCCCCUGUAUGGGGAAGGGUUUGUGCAAAGUGUGGGGCUUAUUUAUUAAGCGGUAAAUUCUGGGGAGCUAAAUAUAUUUUUCUAUUAAACAGUCUGGUUUUAUCCAGUAAAGCAGAACUGUUGAGAAAAAACAAGAGGAUCACACAAUUUUGACCAAACUCGCAGAACUGUAAAAAUCCCCCAACUUCUCCAUGGUUUUAAUGGGCUAAAAUGUGCGAUUUUAUUGUCAAUUUCCUACAGUAAAUAAACCCUUCUGUUUAUCCUUCCUCUGGCUAUCAAAGGGUGUCAAAAUAUGUAAAACCUCACGGGUUCCCAAUUCAGCUUGACGUAUUUGCUUGAUUCACAUUUAAACAAAAAAUUUUCUGUGUUUUUGUUAUUGUGCCUUUUUAUAUAUUUCUUUCUGUGACGGAAAUAAUCGAAGUUCACUUUGACCUUAUUUGGAAUAAGGAAUCUGUCUGCAACAUAUUUUAUGUGCAUGAGUCACAGUAAGAUCGAGCAAAAUUCCCAGAAAUAUAUAUUAUUUUGUAUAUUGUUUUCAGGGUUUUUAUUUUUUAUUUAUAUGUAUACAUUUUUGGUAAUCUUUUAAUAAAGGGCUUGAAAAGUCCACGACUCCUCGAUUUUAGUUAAGGCACAGAAACAUCUUGAAUAAUUUUAUUUAGAACUGUGUACAUUUCCCCUCCCUGUUUCCGAAUGUAUAAUUAGGUCUCCUUCACAGUAUAUUUGUCCAAUUUCAGAAAUGUUACUCCAGUCAAAUCAUUAGUUCAAGUAUAGAUUUAACAGUGCUCAAAAAUUUCACUCGCCCUGCUAAGAAGCUGGUAGUAAUUUUUAAGUUCAUUCACAUAUUCACUAUAUGGACAAAAGUAUUGGGACACCUGACUAUUACACCAAUAGGGACUUUUAUGACUACAUUCUAAAUACAUCAACAUUGAUAUGUAGUCCCCCCCCCCCCCCCCCCCCCUUUUCGCAGCUAGCUUCCACUCUUAUGGGAAGGCUUUCCUCCAAAUUUUGGAGUGUUUCUGAUGGAAUUGUUGCAUAUUCAUCCUGUAGACUAUUUGUUUGGUCAGGCACUGAUGUUGAAUGAGAAGGCCUGGCUCUCAAUCUCUCUUCCAGUUCAUCCCCUAAGGUGUUCUAUGGGGUUGAGAUCAGGACUCUGUGUGGGCCAGUAAACUUCUUCCACGCCAAGCUCAUCCAUGUCUUUAUGGGCCUUGAUUUGUGCAUUGGGUCGCAGACAUGUUGAAAUAGAAAAGGGUCUUCUCAAACUGUUCCUACAAAUUUGGAAGCAAAGCAUUGUCCAAAAUGUCUUGGUAUGCUGAAGCAUUAUGAUUUUCCUUCAAUGGAAGGAAGGGACCUAGCUCAACCCCUGAAAUCCUACCCCAUACCAUUAUCUCUCCUCCACUAAACAUUACAGUUGGCACAAUGCAGUCAGGCAGGUAACUUUCUCCUCACAUCCGCCAGACCCAGACUCGCCAAUCAGACUGCCAAAUAGCAAAGCAUGAUUUUUCACUCUACAGACCACGUUUCUACUGCUCCAGAGUCCAGUGGAAGCAUGCUUUACACCACUCAGUCCAAUGCUUGGAAUUGUACUUGGUGAUGUGAGGCUUGCAUGUAGCUGCUUGGACAUAGAAACCCAUUCCAUGAAGCUCCCACUGCACAGUUUUUGUGCGGAUAUUAACCCCUUCAGGACACAUGACGGAAAUAUUCUGUCACGAUUCCCUUUUAUUUCAGAAGUUGUGUCCUUAAGGGGUUAAUGCCAGUGGAAGUUUGGAACUCUUACUCUAUGGGGUCGUCAGAGCAUUGGUGACUUUUACGCAUCAUGCUGAUGGACAUGCUCUUUGCCCUGUUCUCUAUGUCCAUAACAAUGUGUCUUCUCUCUUCUUCCAGUGUUAGUAUAUAGCACACACAAUGGUAGAUUUGGCUUGUAGUUGCUCAGUCAGGGCAUAUUGUGUGCGGCGUUGUUCCAAUGUGUCAAUGUAUCUGUGUGACAGGUCUGACACUUGUCAUACUUAGAAACCUUAAGUCCUUUUUAUAAUAAUCAUCCUGGUUUAGUUUUUUUUUUAGUUUUUUUUUUUAAGUGUGCUCAUAUAAUACAAAAAUAAUCAGUAGAAUGUGCAUUAUGGGAAAUGGCAUAGGCCAUGUGACUUUAGCUGCCAUUAUUUUUUGCAUGUUUGGGUGUUCAUUUACUAUAUAAGCAAAUAGCUGUAGAUAUAUCAUGAUCAUUUUUUAAUCGUCCUUCCCCAUUGGUCUUUAAUAGUAUUAAGAUAAACAUUUUAUAUUUCUUGAGAUGACCAACCCAUUACAGGGCCAUUGAAAAAAUUGAGCUUUUGAUUGCAUUAUUUUUGUUUUUUUUUAAUCAUUUUAAUAUUUUCUUUAUCAUUGUAUUAUAAAUCUAAGUCAUUUAAAAUGGACACCUUAAAAUCCACAUUACAUGUACUCGUGUUGUUAAUUCACAGAAAUGCUCGAUAAAGUCCAUCAAAGGUAGGCUUCUCACCAGGGCUUACUGUGUGGUUUCCGGUGGUAGAAUGUGGUGACAAAAAAGGUGACCAGAGGUGGUUGGAUGUAACGUGUUGGCUAUGACAAAAGAAAAUAAGGCAGUGAAUGCUUGCACUGAGUCAGUCUAAGCCUGUAAUACAGUUCCUCAAAACAGAACAGCUGCUCUCAGCACAGUGCGGCUGCAAAUGUGUGGGUGGAUGUUCUCCCCCAUCUGAUUACUUAGUGCUCAUAUGUUUCUGGUUUUGGGUCAGCCUUUUGAUUCAUCUUUUCUUGCACAGUUAACCCUACCCUUACUGUACAAAGCUUUAUGGAAAAAGAAAAAGAAACAUGCUGAAGUAUAUUUGAAAAGCCAAAAGAGACAAUAUUGAACUGGUUUUCACAUCGCUGAAGGAGUAAAACUUUCUCCAUUCGGGAGGUCGGUAAACUCGGAAUAAAAGAACCGCAGUGCAGCCGAGGUUUUGUGGGCCUCCUUGUUUCACAUGAGCCUGUUCAAAGAUCUGUGUCCAAUCAAAAAAACAACACAAAACAUCUCAUGAACGGAAUAAUCUUUAGUCCUGUUUGCAUGGUUUAUGUAAUUGUCAAUCUUGUCUAAGAGGCAAAGAAAAGGUUGUUUGGGUUGCAAAGAACCUUAAUGGAACCCUUUUUAUAUUAAAUGCUUGUGUCUACAAGAAACGGGUAUCCCAUGAUAUAUUUCCAGACUUAAACUUCCAAGAUACUUUGCCAUUCUAACGGAUGGAAAAUGCAUUGUGGGAGAUGUAGUCCUGCAACAUCUGGAGUUAUACUUUUUGGGCAGCCCUGCUCCAGUCCAUCUUUCCUUGAGUAUACGGUUUUCAUUGGAUACCUGACCCACUGGAGUGUGCUUGAUUUUAGGAGUAGUGUUGGUUAAAUAUUUUGCCACACUUGCAUGUUCUGCAUAAAUGCUUUAAAAAUAAUAUGGAUGGAUUUAAUAAAAUGUGGAAGUUUAGUUUUCCUCUGGAAUCGGUAUUAGAGUCUUUGUAUCACAAAUGUACUGAAUGGGAAGUCCCUGUUUUUAAAAAAAAAAAUUUUCCCCAGUGUUGUUUUUCCCCCAAACGAGUUCACAAACCAUAAAUACAGAUGUUUGUGUCUGCUAUCCCCUUCCUGCCUGACAUUUUGCUUAUUAAUUGUACAAUAAAACCUUAGAUAUUUAAAACUUUUUUUUUUUUUUUUUUUUAAAGGUUGUAUUCUUUGCAUACAACUAUACUAUUUUAUUUUAUGCUUUACAAAUUGUAAUUGCCAUUGAUAACUUGUAAAUAUCCACUCUGGGCACAAUAACACCUUCAUCACAAUGAGGUUGUUAUGGUGCAAGGACAUCCUCGGCACAGUCCUACCUUAAGGGACCAAACCAUAACAAACCGUUUAGCCACAAAGUCUGGAGCAUGGCACCAGAUCACUCUGCCCCUCCACUUCUCUGAAGGUCGGGGGCUUCAAUCAGGAAGCCUCGGAUUGAACGCCACUGAAUGGGUUGAGAGCAUGAGCUGACGUAACCUAUCACUGCUUUCCAUUUAGCAAGGUGAGGGUGAAAAAGUAAGUAUAUUUUCUUUCAUUGUGAUAAAGUUAUGGUGCCCGGAGUGUCCCUUUAAAGAGACAUCUGUGCUUGGUAUUUAUUUAUUUAUAUUUUUUAUGUGGGUGUUUAAUUGUUCAGAAUUGAGUAGAGUAGAAUAAAAUACCUGUUUUCGUUUUGUUACAUGGUAUUUUUAUUUUCGACCUGUCUGCUGACUAAUCAUGAGACAUGUGUUUACUUUCUCUAUGCUUUAAAAGUACAGUUUGAUCUUACUUUAAGGUAGCAUCUUCAGAUAUUUUUUCAUGUCUGGAUUAAUCUUUACAGGAAUAUUGUUAAUUUACACGUAAAAUAUUUAUUUAUUGUGUCAUGCUGGUAUUGGGUUCCCAACAUGUAAAAGGUGCAUACUUUGUGAGGUCUGUGCAUGCAUGCAGCAGACGUUGUUAUAUUUGUUUAAUAGUAAACUAAUAAAAUAGAUUGCUUUUUGGUGUUGUCAAUCUCUAUUAUAAUGUUGCUAUAAAGGCUUUAAGAUUUAUUUUUAAAAAUGGAUAUGUUGAAUAACCAUCUUAAUAUGAAACCAAUAUGUUACUACUUUUUAUAUGUUUUUUUGAAGAAAAUUUUUUGACUGUUGUUGGAUGGGCAAUUACACUUGAAAAUAUUAUUCUCAACAUUAUUUUAUAACUUUUCACCUAGUUAGAUGUUUGUAUAGGUAAACAACCUCAACUAACUGUCUAGAGAAGCCAUCGAGAUAACUGAGCAUUGGACGUACUGAAAGGCUUGUAAUUUUAAAACUUGUGGAUCGGUCCACACUUGGAUUUUUUUUUUUUCUUAUUCUAAAUUCAGUUCUUUAUUUUAUCAUUGAAAUUAGCACAUUUAUAUUGCAAUACCAUAAUAUGUAUAUUAUCUUACUAUUGUUGUGAAUGAUCCUCUAGCACAUAAACUCAUUGAGCAGGGCCCUCAACCCCUCUGUUCCUGUGUGUCCAUUUGAAUGCUUACAAUUACGUGUCUUAGUCCACCGAUUGUGCAGCGCUACAGAAAUUGCUGGCGCUAUAGAAAUAAUAAAAUAAUAAUAAUUGACACUUAGACAACCUACACUAAUUUUACAUAUGGGGUUUCUCUGUUGUGAACAUGGAGGAGUGAAAAGGUUUACUUACAAUGGCUUAAGUAAAUAAUGUAACAUCUAAAACAUGUUCGUUUCUUAACAAAAAUUAUCAUGAAAAAAAAUUAAUUGUUAAAAUCACACACAAGGAACGAAACCUGAGCUGCCAGGAUGAACAAAACAAAAAUCGACGAAAUAAAAAACAUAGCCGUUCGACCAUAGGAAAGCCAAUAGAAGCACUUUUUCGCUGCUUCAGAUGCUUACUAGAUUACCCUUGCUUUUCACGGACAGUUUAUACCAUCAUUAUCGAUAUUGUCUUCCAUUCUUUUUUCACAGCUAACAAUUUUAAUAUUUUUAUAUUAUUUUAGCACCGGUUAUUGUAUUAGUGUAAAAAUGGCAUAAAUCAAUAGACAAAGCUGUCUUUAUUGUGACAUAUAUUAAAAAAAAAAUAAAUAAAUAAAUAUAUAUAUAUUUUUUUUUUUAUUAUUAUUUUUUUAAAUGUUGGGUGGAGUUUUACGCAUCGCCCCCACCAUGUUAACACUUCACCAGGUGUCACUAUGGACAAGUUGAUCCCAAUAUUAAAACAGCAUGAAAACUAUGCUGUGUACCUCUAUAUUUUAAGUUAUGUGUGAUUAUAUAACAUGUUCAUUUCUUUAAAAGGUACAUAUAGUGCAGAGCGAAAUUCUUUUUCUAUUUAAAAAUUAACUUUUUAUUGGAUGGGCUCCUGGUGUCUUAUUUGUCAGUAGCCAUUUAUUUUGUGGUUUGACAAUUAUUUGUAGAAUUUAGGAUCUGAGAUGGCAUAUAUAUACAUGGUUCACAGUGUCCGACACCUUUAUUGCUUUCCUCCAGCUCCCUAGCAUUUUUUUGUUCUGUUAUUCAUUGGCUAUACUGUGCUGCUUUACACUAGCUGUGAAAGACUGAAUCCAUUUAGAUAUAUAAAUAAAUUGGCCUUAUCUAUGCAGUUACAUUAUGGCUAGGCACUGAUUGUCCAAAAAAAGUACAUUUUGAACUCCAGUGCAGAUUAUACUUUGAACAAUUUGGGAUACAGCAGGCAGUCUCACUGUAGGACUCGUUUUCUAGAGACUGAUGGGUGAGGGUCUCAUGCAAAUGUCUACCAGGUCUUGCCUCUCGGGAAUAUUAAUUCAUAUAGUAGUAGUAUUUGUAUAUGCUAGGGCAGGAGUCAGCCACCUUCGACACUCCAGAUGUUGUAGACCUCAUCUCCCCUGAUGCUUUGCAAACAUUAUGGCUGUAGGAGCAUUAUGUGAGAUGUAGUCCACAACAUCUAGAAUGCGGAAGAUUGCCUACCACUGAGCUAGGGUCUCCAGCGUUAUCACAUCAUGGGAUACAUGCAAGGCAGGCAGCCACCCUUAUCAGCAACAGGAAGUAAUAUAGAUUGGGAGUAGCUCAUGUUACUUGAUAUAUCACCUAAUUGCCUUCUCUGAAAAGACAGGAGCCCCUUACAGGCAACCAUAAACAGUAUUGUAAAUCAUUCACCAAACCAAUAGUGCAAGCUUUCUCAAUCAAUUACCUUUAAAGCUGAGACCAGUCUUUUUUUUUUUUGCGAAAAGUAUUGUUUUCUACCAGUUUUCACAAACUCCUAAAACAGAAAAACGUCAGUGAGAAUGAAGAGGCCCAUCAAAUGCGAAUUUGUUUGUGCUUCGAGACAGUCUGAUGCACACACUAGGAAUUUUUGAAUUCCUUGACUUUAUUUGUAUUUCCUAAUUCCAGGACUGCCAAGAGGGCAUUAAAGCUGAUACUCGUUUCAGGGGCCUGGUUUGAAUGUUGGGUCAUUGUGUGGGAGGAUAUAUUGGUCUGUGAAUGCAUGUGUCUGUGCUGGUUUGUGACGGCAUCUGUCUGCAUGAAUCUGUUAGAAUGUAUCUGUGUGUAUCUGUAUCUGUGUGUGCGUAUGUCUUGGUAUGUAUAUGUGUGUUUUUAUUUGUGUACAUGUCUGGGAGUAUGUUCCGGGAAGGAGGGUGAGGAGGGGGCAUCAUUUCUACCAGCGACACAGACUACUACUUCUAUAAAAUAGUAGGCAUUGAGAAUUUUGUUGUAACAUCUUCAUGGUAAUUGUGGGAUACAGUAUUGUGGGAUACCACAUACAUCAAAUAGCCAGACUUGAACUAUGAGUUAAUGUGUAUCCAUGAUUACAAUAUAGAGAUUGAAAGUUCUCACUUACCUGAAACUGGCACAGGACUUAUUAAUCAGUCACCCAACCCGCGUGUUUGGUACACUUAGUGUAUUGAAACCCUUACUCUUUUAUGUUUUGUUAAUAACGCUAUGUAUCGUUCAGUUACUGAAUGUUUUCAUAUUCUAUCUAAAAUAAACGAUGCAUGUUCUUUUGAAGCCAAGUUUUCAACUAUUGGACUAAACAAUAUGAGGUGUCACAAGUAAUCCAAAAGUUUUAUAAGUACAUCUCCCCUCCCCCGUUGUUGACACGUCUGCCUGUGCAACCAUGUAUCCCCAUGUGUGAGUAAUUAAAUAUCACUAUGUAUAGGAUGUGUUGAUAACCCCCAUUGGUGUUGUCAGAAUUACUCACAUAGCACACGUACCCUGGGCUGUGAAACUGUAUGCUAAACAUUCCGUUUUAAUUGCAUUUCCCGAAGAUAUGAUCUUGUUUACUGAACCUUCCUUUUAAAACCAUUUCAAUUUAUUGUUAUUAAUUAUUAACAUUUUUUUUUUUUUUUUAACUUAGCAUUGUAUAUAUUUCUCUGAAUAUCUAUCUGGUUUAAGCCUUAUUUGGUGUUGUACACAAAGACUUAAAAUGUGUUAUUUAGCCUUUUAUUGCAUCAAAUCACUGUGGUAGUCUGGAAUCAUAGGAAAUAAAAUUCUAGGUGUACCGUCUCGUGAUGAAAAAGCCCAAAUUAGCUGUAAAGCGCUAUGGAAUCUGUUGGCGCUAUAUAAAUGGCAGUAAUAAUAAUUAAGGUGAUCUGGAGGAUACAGUUGCUUUAAGCAGAUGGGUUGAAACUAUCACCAAUGCACAAGGACGUUUAGUUUUUGUUUGGUUUUGUUUUUUAUUAUUCUUGGAUAAACAAGUCUGCCAGUUACUCUAUAGAUUGGUUACAAGAAUGUGAUUUUAUUUACCGAUGCCACUAAAAAGGCAUAAUUCAGGCUUGUUUGUUUCCUCUGUAUUUAAAUAGCAUUCUUAAAUUAGUUGCUGAUAUGGCAGACCUGCCUAUAUUCUUCCCCAUUUCAAUGUUUUAUUUUUUAAAGAGUGGUUUAUUGCAAAGUCAGAUUUAAUCCCUGGUUUAGUGUAAAUCCUAGGAAGUAAAUUGUAAGUGUUUAGAAUGUUAUUCAUAUAGUGCUUUUUAUAUGUGCAAGACUACAGUCACUGUUUCUUUAAAUACUUAUCUGCUAUGCAACUACUCAAAUGCUUAUCUCUAUGUUUAUUUUAAAAACAAAGAAAGGAAAUCAUUUAACCUGUUGGAAUGCAGCAUUAGGAAGGAAGUUUUAACCAAUAAGCUGGAGUGAAAUACUAUAAACAUGAGCAUUAAUUCCAGUUAAAUGAUAUGGUGCUGGGCUCAGAUCUGAAAGGUAUUGGGUGUAGCUCGCAUAGUUUGGCUGACAAACGUGAUAUUGUCACGAUGCCACUAAAAGUAUAACCUUAUCAUACAUCAUGACUUGGCUCAGUUCUUAGUUGAACUAUUUUGGCCUUAAAAAUUUAAUUCCGUUGUCUGUCUGUUCUUGCCGCUGGAUGCACUUACUACAACCUCCUUGAAUUAAUAUAUAUUUAUAAGUGUAGUGAUUUUUGUACAUGAUUUAAGUAGUGUGCAUCUACCCCACGAUAGCCUCUGUCCAGUCACCUGGCCUCUUUGGCUGACAUCAUCAAGCUUGAUGAUCUCAGCCAAUCAAAUGGUUCCCCACCGGGAUACAUUAGGAGACUAGUGCUCAUGCGCUGUAAAUCUCUGUGCUGCGCCAAUCAAUGUCUCUAUGAUUGAGAACAGAGUCUGACCCUGUGGAAGUGCCUCUAGUGCAGUGAUGGCGAACCUUUUUGAGGCCGAGUGCCCAAACCGCAAUACAACUUUUUUCCCUCAAAGUGCCAACACGGCAAUUAAACCUGAAUACUGAGGUUUAAGUUUAGAAUAAACAACUUGUACUGUUGUCCAAACUAAUUAACAACUUUUGUUUUAAAAGAAGAACACAACAGAGUUUAAAGAUACAAAUUUUAAAUAAUGAUAUAAAUAGAUAUAAAUAGGUAAAAUUAAGCUUAUAUUUAUUAGUAUCUCCAACAAAUUAAUACAUACACACAGUCUGCUGAAUACACACACAGACAGACUGCUGAAUACACACACAUACAGUCCACUGAAUACACACACUGCUGAAUACAUAUACACACACACAGACUGCUGAAGACACACACAGACUGCUGAAUACACGCACACACACAGACUGCUGAAUUCACACACACAUACUGCACUGAGGGGUGCAGUGUAUGUGUGUGUGAGGGGUGCUGUGCAGGGGUGGGGUGCUGUGUUUGGCUAGUGUAGGGGUGCUGUGUGUGGGGGGGGUAGGGGUGCUGUGUGUGUGGGGGGGGAAUGGGGUGCUGUGUGUGGGGGUAGGGGUGCUCUGUGUGUGGGAGUAGGGGUGCUGUGUGUGGGGGUAGGGAGGUAGGGGUUCUGGUUGUGGGGGGUAGAGGUACUGUGUGUGUGUGUGUGAGGGGUAGGGAGGUAGGUAGGGGUGCUGGUUGUGGGGGAGGGGAGGAGUGCUGUGUGGGAGGGUAGGGAGGUAGGGGUGCUGGUUGUGGGGGAGGGGUGCUGUGUGUGGGGGUAGGGGUACUGUGUAUGUGUGUGGCUGGUACGGGUGCUGGCUGAGUGGGAGAGUAUGGAGAUAGGGCUGCUGGUUGUGAGGGAGGGGUGCUGUGUGUGGGGUUUAUGGGUGCUGUGGGUUUAGGGGUACUGUGUGGGGGGAGGGGGUGUAGGGGUGGUAAAAAAAAAAAAAGUGUGGAUCUGUAUCCCCCUCUCCCUCCUUCUUACCUUUGAUGAAGGAGGGGGGACACACACAGCCAUCCCUGGUGGUCCGGUGGUGGUGGUAAGUAUUGUAGGGAGCAGCUCCCCUGUCCUCCCGCACGAUGCUGUGUGGAGCUUUGCCAUGGCAACCCGCGGCAAUGCUCCACACAUAUUGCUUGCAGGAGGACAGGGGAGCUGCUUCACAGAUCCCUCCCCCUGUCCUCCUGACAUGGAAGCAGAGUAGGCGCUUGCUCUGCAUUGAUGGCGAACCUAUGGCCGCGUGCCCACAGAGAGGGCCCGGCGUGCCACCUGUGGCACGCGUGCCAUAGGUUCGCCAUCACUGCUCUAGUGGUUGUCAGAAACACAAAAAAAAAGAGAGAAAAUAUUUUUAUCAAGCCAUUUUUAGAAUGGAGAGCUACUCCAUAUUGGCUUAGACUAUCAGUUGAUCAGCAGCGCUCCUGUCGCAGCAUUACGAGAUACCCUGUUUGAAGAAUUUCAGAGAAGCAGAAAGACAGGGGCAGAGCUGAACUGUGCUGGAGUGAAGACUUGGGCCCGUACCGGGUACCUCUUGGCACCAUAACAACUUAAUUCAGAUGAAAUUGUUAUGGUGCCUGGAGUUCCCUUUCAGAAAAAAGAAAAAUAUUUUUUGUUUUAGAAUACACUCAUAACUAAUGUAUAGUUGUGAGUUAAUACAAGUGCAAAAAAAAAUAAUCUAAUUUCUAACAGUUUUUCUUUAACCUUUUUGUGGAAAAUCUGCCAAGGUUUUCCUAGCUGCUCCUUGUGUCAGGACAUUAAGCCAAUUCACACUGUUAAGUACUUUCUUUUCAUGGUUGUCCGGUGGGUAUUUGGGUGACCCUUUUUAGUGACUCGAGGUGUUAAUUUGAUCAUGGGAUUAAAAGUGCAACAUGUCACACAGUUACAGCAAGUGCCAUUGUGUUAAUUCAAAAUGCAAAUGUGACCCCACACUGUGUCAUUAUAAGCAAAGGUGUAGAAGUCUACAGUGUGGUGUCCUUGUCAAUCAAACUUCAAAGUUCCACAUAGAACCCUGCAGAAUGUUGUAAACCAGUCCCUGAGGGUCACUUGUAGGUGGGAGUCAUUAGUUCACCCAGUGUUCUGAAUAUUGAAUAGCAUUCACAAAAGAAGCCAUUAUUUCUAUGUGACUCUCUCACUGGAACUAUGGCGAGAAUCCAAGGCUAUCCCAAAUGCUUUCAUAACCCACAAUAUUUACCACUUUUAGAUAUAGAUGUUUCAGUUUUAUAUUGCGUUUUGAAAACACUUAUCAACAUAGCAUAAAACUGUCUGUGGUCUACUAGUGUAUGUAAGUGAAAAAUUAGUUUUUCCAAAAUAUAUUUUAACUUCCAUUUAUAUCUCAUCCAAAUAUUAUUUUAUUUUUUUAACAUUCAAGGUUUAUUGAAAUAGGAGUUAACAAAUACAUGACAUAAUAUGUAAAACAAGACUUGAGUCAUAUAAUACAAAAAAGAUAAACAUUAUAAUUGCAGUGCUGUGAUCUAUUAUUAAUUUCCAAUAAAAAAUACCUUUUAUCAUAAUGUGCUUUUUAUAUUUUUAUUUAGACAUGUUAGAGCAAGUUCCUGUCUAUAGCACAUUGCGUGUCACAAGCGGGUGAUUAGAAGAGGAGAGGGGGUAUAAAAGAUUUUAACGGAAGUAAGGCAUAAGAAAGGAAGUAGAGGAGAGAUAAAUUAAAAAAUACGGGGGGAAACUAGCCACUGAGAUGCACAUGCCUGUUCAUGGUGGUUGCUAACAGUCAGACUGGGGGAAGUAGCAGAGGCUAUGGAUGGGAAUGACUUGGUGGUCCAGAGACAGCAGACCCAGAGGAUAACCACUACUUGCAGUGAAAUCAGAUAAUUUUAUGUCUGAUAAUUAUCUAAAGAGUAUAGGAUGAGUUCUUCAAUUGAGCUUAUUUCUACCAUUAUUGUCCAGUCCUGGACCGUGGGUACGGCACUCUGCCCCCAAAAUUUUGGAACAAGGCUGCGGGCAACAUUAAUGAAGUAUAGUCUUACAAUAAUGUCCAAUUGGGAUAGAUGAAUAGUGCAAUAGGUACAUUGCUGGGGAGAGGGGUGCGGGUACAUCUCAAGCAAAGUUAUGUACAUACUCAACUUGUGAUCCCUACUAUGUUUAAAAAUUACUCUUAAGUGCUUUUCUAACACCUGGUGAUUGUAUUUACUGUGAUCCUGCUAAGUAUUAUUGGUCCUAUACAAAUAUAACAUUGUGCUAUAUUAUUUAGGUUUACCAUAACCAAUAACUUAUACACGUGUGCAGCACAUUAGGAGUGUGCACAUUCAUUCCCUGUUUGUCAAACAAAAUACAAUUCCAAGAGGUGUGUGGGUUGACAGCUUGUGUGGUCAUGCCUAUGUGUCUAUAUGUGAUGUUUAUGAAGAGUCUGUUUUUGUUGUGUCCAGAUUCCUCACACACUAUAUAUGUUUCCCCCUUCUCCCCCUAUACUUUUGGGCAUGGAUGGGAGAGUCUGAUUCCAGUUCCUUUUGUCUACAUCCUUCUACUGCAUAAUGGUUCAGGGCAGAAGUUUAGACACUCAUAGGACACUUUGUGGUUACAGAGGAGAUUGAACUACACGUUUCAAUUAUUUGUUUGCAGUCUCUUGGAGCAUCAGGUUAGGUGCUCAUUGUUCGUUUAUUUUAUCCUGAUGUUUCUUCCUCUUAUUGGCCUGCUCCUUGCUCUUGUUUGUUGCUUGUUAUGAGAGACAACCGGGACAGACUUCAAAUGCAAAUGCCUUCUCAAUAACCACUGCUAAACAUCGUUACCUCCUGUGUGCUUGAACACAUGGCGAAAUGCACACAGCAAAGGAGCACCUUAGCAGAAAACUGUCUAUUUACCUUAGGUCCUCUAUACUGAAACGACCAUGUAUAUAACGGACUUUAAAUGUAAAAAUACACACCGUAACCUAGAUCUUUGUCCUUAGCCUGACAACCUCCAGUGGCAAUCCAACUUGUAACUGAAAAAAAAGGGAAAGGCCUUCAGGAAGUAUCCAUCGACUGGUGAAAGCUUAUGUUCCCCUUGUAGACUCAUUCAUGGCUUUCACUUGAAGUAAAAAAGGGUUAUGAACCAUCAAAAAAAAACAACCCAUCAAAGUGAUGAAUAAAGUAAUUGAACCCAUGACUAAGCUUUAUUGAGGUGUAGGUUUAAGGUGUCAAUCCCUCCCUACCAUUCUUUUUUUGUAUUUUUUUCACCAAAUUUAUAUUUUUAAAGGACCACUCAAAGCUCCAUAACCACUACAGCCCAUUGAAGUGGUUAUGGUGCAUUUUAUUCCAGGUAUAACAGGUGCCUUCUCAAGAUAAGAAGUCAAACCAUUUUAGUAUAGUUUGACAGAUGAUCCAUACAUGGCACCAUAACCAUAAUGGUGGUUAUGAUGCUUUAAAUGUUCCUUUAAGAUGAGCCAAUGUACGCCAUUUUAUAUGUAUGCCAUCUGAAGGACCUGAAUAUGUACUGACUCAAUCGGCUCCUCGAUGUAUCCCAGUGGGUAUCUCUUUAACCCCUUAAGGACACAUAACAUGUGUGACAUGUCAUGAUUCCCUUUUAUUCCAGAAGUUUGGUCCUUAAGGGGUUAAAACCGUUUACACUUUUACUUGUACAUACUUCAAAGUAAGUAUCCAAUUUUGCGACUCUCCAAAUAUUGUAUCCUUUGAGAGGUUAUAGGACAGCAAUUCUGAUCAUUAUUCAUAUUGAAUGUUUUAUUUUCUAGUGAAGCAGUACAAUGCUUGUGGCCCUUUGAAUUAAUUAAAGGACCACUAUAGUGCCAGGAAAACAUACUUGUUUUCCUGGCACUAUAGUGCCCUGAGGGUGCCCCCAUCCUCAGGGUCCCCCUCCCGCCCGGCUCAGGAAGGGGGAAAGGGGGAAAAACGUACCUUUUUCCAGCGCUGGGCGGAGAGCUCUCCUCCUCCGAUCCUCCUCUUCUCCUUCCCGUCGGCUGAAUGCGCACGCGCGGCAAGAGCUGCGCGCGCAUUCAGCCGGUCACAUAGGAAAGCAUUCAUAAUGCUUUCCUAUGGACGCUUGCGUGCUCUCACUGUGAAAAUCACAGUGAGAAGCACGCAAGCGCCUCUAGUGGCUGUCAAUGAGACAGCCACUAGAGGAAAUAGGGGAAGGCUUAACCCAUUCAUAAACAUAGCAGUUUCUCUGAAACUGCUAUGUUUAUGAAAAAAUGGGUUAACCCUAGCUGGACCUGGCACCCAGACCACUUCAUUAAGCUGAAGUGGUCUGGGUGCCUAGAGUGGUCCUUUAAUUUAUAAAAUAUUUUACCAGGAUGGAUACAUUGAGAUCUCUCUCGUUUUCAAAGGAUGUGAAUAUCCUAUGAUGAUUGUGAAUUCCCCUCUUUAUCUUGCAUUUCAUUCAUUAUGUGUAACUUCCCAUUCAAAUGAGGAAAUGUUAUGCUCUGGAUUUAACUUUUAGACACCACAGAAAAAAAGCCACCUCUGCGUGAUCCCCAUUCUGAAUUACUGAUGCACUAUAACCACAUUUGUGAGGAACUUGCAGCUAUUCUCUAAACUUGAUCAUGGAACUAAAGGUUCCUUAUUUUUAACGGAAGGGUGAGUUCUGAGAAUCUAGAGAGAGAGAUUACUUUUAUGCUGUUUUCAUGGAGUAUAUGCCCUCUUGCACAUUUUUCACUUGUGAACUUUAUACUUUUAUUGAAUUGCAUAAUCCAACUCGCUUAUAGCAUCGAAGUAACAUGUGGAAGGAUCUUGCACUCCCUGUUGUGAUGUUACCUUUAACAGGUCCAGCUGUAUUUUAUAGAACACUGUGGCACCAUUAUUGAUUAAAGUCAGAUUUCAAAUUGAAGGCCCCGCAGGGUAGCCAAACGGAAAGCAAAGCAGACUUCGAUAAUUUUACCAGUUUGGCUACUUUGAUCUGAAACCUGAAAAUCACAUUGAAUCACCUUGAAUUCACGGUGUCAUCUCAUUGUCAUGAAAAACAUGGUGGGUGUAGUCCGCAUCAAUUGUGAGGAAUUGGCAAAUGAAGUAGACAUUUGAAGUGGGGAAAAAACCCAAAUAAAAAUAUAUAUAUAUUGAGCUGCAUUGAAAUUUUGGCUUUAAAUAGGCAGUUGCCUCAACAUUAAUUGCUGGUUAAUGGAUUCUGAAAAAAAUAAAAAAAAAAAAUAUAUAUAUAUAUAUAUAUAUAUAUAUAUAUAUAUAUAUAUAUAUAUAUAUAUAUAUAUAUAUAUAAUAUUACAAAUAGUUUAUUUCUUGGUAAGUGAGGAAAUCUGUUCCUUGAACUAUUUUGUGAUGGCACUUCUAAAUAGUGUAUAUUCAAGGCAAGUGUCUCCAAACUGUUUGAUGACAUUGUAACUUUUCGAAUGCUUUCAUUUUUAUUAUUUUUUGAUAAUUUCUAAAUAAAUGGUCAAAAUUCUACUCACACACGUUGAGAGCUUUGCUAAGUCUUAAACCAUUCUAGUGGAUCAGAAUAGUUUUUGUUUUUGUCUGAGUAUUUCAAUGUUUUGUUGCAAUAUGGAAUUUUGGUCAUUAUUUACAACGGUUUGGUCAAGGGCCUACAGGUUGACAUACUUUCACAACUGAUGUCCAUGAUGAAAAAUGGCGAUUUAUAGUAACUUGUUAACCUAUUCGGUGCCAGAGGGUUGCAGUGUUUACACUCACCGGCUCCAAAUUGGGAUUAAAGGCCAUUCUUCACUGUUUUUUGGCUAAAGAUCUCUUGGUUUAAUCUAGCAGAGUGUUCACACAUGCGCCUGAUUCAUAGUCUGCCUCCUAACGUGUCUGGGCUCUUGUACUCAUUUUAUCUACUUCACUAAACUCUGCAGCAAAUGAUGAAUGAUUAACCAUUGGACAGAGGGAGCGGCCUGGACAGGAAAUGGCUGAUAAGAAAGUUCAUUGAGAGCUUCUUGCGCGUUAACACUUGCUUUGCCACUACCAGAAACUUUUUACGAACCACAGUUGAUGUUAACACAUUCAGUGCCAAAGGAAAAAUGUAGAAUAAUUGUACAAUAGGAACCAAAACCGGUUAGAAUGUUUGUGCUUUAAAUAUGAUUGCAUAGCAUAUUGGGAUUCAGUGAGGAGUCUCUGCCUAGCAAGAACGCUUUAUUGACUAAUUUAUUAUACAUGGCUCUGCAAAACGUUGAGUUAUGAUUCUGUGAAUGUACAGAAAUGCCUGUCCGUGUUUGUCGACCCUGCCAAGCCUCUCCUUUUAAUAAAUCAAUACCUUGUCCUUUUCUCAAAUGGAUUGGAAAUUAAGAUAUGGCGAGUCCUCAAGGUGAGAAGAACUGAUGGUUUGGAUUCAUAGAAUCAUUGAGUAGAGAACAGGCAAUUCUCUUAAGCUGAGGUAGUCAUAUGGACAGUCACUAGACACGGAACACUCUCCAUUAUGGAUUUUGCUCUAAUGGCUGAUUGACUUUGCCCUUGCCAGCGGCUCCUGCCCAAUUCUGUUGUGUUCUAUCGCCAGUUCUCCUACCCUGUUCAUUUAUAUGAACAGGAAAUGCAGUCUGCUUUAUGUAAGCCAUUCUGGAAGUGUUAGGAAGACCUGAAACACAACACACCUCUGUGGUACUUGCACUUCCUUUGUCCGCUUCCAGGUACUAUGGAAUAGGCUUGUUUCAAGUGCGGUUCUUUAUUAAUUGUAUAUACACCAUUCAUGCUCCCCUGUAUCCUGUAUCACAUCAGUGCACACGAAAUAUAUAUUAUCUCAUGUUUUUAAUGGUUUUUCUUUUUGUUUUAAUUUAAUUCCCUUGACAUACGAAAAUCAGGUAUUUUCCGGUGUUCCACCAUGGAGGUAAUUUUAACUAUGCAUCUUGUUGAAUGCUUUGCUCUGAGACUGACAUGUUCACUCACUGUGAUAAACUCGGCCUUCUUGCAAGUUGUCAUGGAAGUCUGUAUCAGUUGCCUUCCAUGUUUUGGACCACCCUGCUACAGAAUGAACCUACAAAAUACAGUAUGUUCUCACACUUCAUUGAAAGUUCUCCCAUUUAAAGGGUCAGUUGUACAAAGGAUAUGAUACAGGAAGUACAGUGAUCCUUGUCUCCCUUUUCAGAUAAGUUUAGAACUGCAGCAAUUUGCAGAAAUCACUGCAGCUUUAGAAUGUCUCGUAGAUGAGCAUCAAAUGAUGACAUUUAACUUUUAACUCAAAGACCUGCCUUAUUUUUAAAUGUUAUAUGUACAGUUUGGAUUGAGAUCCUUCUUUCUUCUCUCAAGCUCUGGCGAGAACCUUCAGCUGACAGUGUGCAUGCGCAAUCAUUGACAUAGGAGAUUAUGGCACACAGCCUGGUUUCUAAAACCGUGGACUGAGCUGUGAAAAGACAGACAUGGCUGCUAUCAGCUUCUUCAGCAGUAACACGCAUAUUAUGUGAUGAGUGGAACUGUAGCUGGUGGGCAAACUACGCAUACACACCACUGGUUUUCAGGCAUUUAUGGGAAAAGGAAAAUAAAGACUUGAAUAAGUGGCUCCUGAUUGAUGGAGCUUUUUUCUGGCCUGGGAGAUGUCAAAAUUGUUUGUGUAAAUACCGCAUUUUUACUUAUUUAAAGGGACACUAUAGACUCCCAGACCACUUAAUCUCAUUGAAGUGGUCUGGGUGCAGUGUGUCUUCCCCCCGUUAGUCCUGCAAUGUAAAACAUUGCUGUUUUUGAGAAAUUUUCAAGUUUACAUUGCAAUGUUAAGACUGCAACUGGUAUCUUUCUACCAGACAGCCACUAGAGGGGCUCUCUGCUGUUUUGCAGAGUUUGACUCCGUCAAAUGACACUGGACGUCCUCGCACUUGGCAUGAGGACAUCCAGUGUCUUCUAAAUCCCCACGGCAAAGCGUUGAUUCAAUGCUUUCCUAUGGGGAAGGCCUAAUGCAGGCGCGACGCUUACCUUAAGCCCCGUGGUGGGGCAAAGGAACACUUUAGUGUUGGGAAUACAGCCUUUCAUUCCUAACACUGUAGUGUUUCUUUAAAUCUAAAUAUGUUUUUCCUUGUAUGAAUUAUGUUUGCAUUCUGUUUUCCUUUUCAAUGCAUUCUAUGUAAAAGGAGAUUUACAAAGACAAACAAAAAAAAAGUGCUAUUCUGGGGUAAAUUGAUAAAUAACGAACAGUCACCAUGGAAACCAGUAGAAAUGUCUUUCAACAUUUAGCACUUUAGUACCAAAAAUAGCACCUGUUUUUCGUUGCGAUGAAUCUCCCCAAUAUUGCUUUGAAAAUGGAAGGGGGUAUCUUCCUGCAUAUUGUGUCCCUUUAAAACCUUUUGUUACAUGUCCCCAAGCCUUGUACAAUUAAAUGCUCAUCUCUAAUUGUUAACAUAGUUGCUGUGAAAGAGCAGAGACUGGUGAAUGAACACUGCCUGCUAUACAUUCAGAAUGACUCAUCCAGAGAUCACACUGUCUUAACAUACAGGCAGUGUGGGAUACAGAAAGGAUGUUCGCUUCCCACGCAGAUGAAGACUGUGACAUAUACAGUAGUAUCUGCAGCACACACAGCAUUCCAUCAACCAUAAAGGCUUAGUCUACGCACCAUAAUUGGUGCUAGGACCCUGCCUGUGCAGAAUUUCAGCUAAAAGUGGAGCUGGUUCCGUUAUCAUUUACAUUGUCUAAUUGCCCAUCAUCAAACCGGAACCUUCAUUUCAAUGGAUGUCAUGUCCGUUUUGAGCAAAUUUUGAGUGCAUCACCUGCACACCUUGCGCAUAAUUUUGGCUAAGCUCCCGCUCCACAUAGGGGACAGAGUUGAGCCACGGACAGCGGCAUUACUGAGACGUAACCAUGAACUGGGCUAUGAAUAGACUGAUGGCAGCUAUGGUAUGUUUUACUUGGGACGAGUGGAAAUGCUCUUCGGUAUAAAGACAGUGAGCGAUUUUUCCAGGUGUGAGAGUGGUCUGUCUGUUCGUGCUGUGUACUGUGUCAUUGUUUCGUGGUGUGCGCAGCAUGUACUUGUAACGUGCUAUAUGAGCACUCAGGCGCUUUGACAUACAUGAGUUUUCAUUGCGCCCAUGCUCUUGAAAGUAUUGGAAUUAAAGUAAUUUGCAUUUUAUGCUCUGCUAUGUAAAUACAAACAAAAAUAAAAUCUCAACUUUGACAGUUUUUGUUUGUUUGUUUGUGAUGUUAUGUGUUAUAGUUUGAAGUUAUUGUAAAAUGAUUUUAAAAUGUGUGAGCAAAUCAUGGCAACAUCGCCGGUGUUAGUCUCGUGUGUUAAGCUCGGGGCUAAAUAGUUUUGUGUUCAUGAGCUAAAAAACCUGCUAUUAUGAUCUAAUAAAGUAAAUUCAAUAACAUUUUUAUCUGACUCCUUAUGUCUCUCACCGGAAUUCUUAGGAAAUUUUGUCAGGUCUGUCCUGAUUGUGACCGGAAGUUCACGAUGUCCUCCUACAAAGCUAAGACAAUACUCAAUGAAAUCCCUUGUUGUUUAGGGAAGUUUGCUUGAGGUUUGGAAGUGAUGUGAGAGAUGAACUGUGUUUUGUCACUUGGCUUGUAUACAAGGUGGGGAGACAUUCUAUGUUCUGAUGGAAAGCGAUUACAGUUCUGUUUUUGAACAAAAGUUUUCUCACUGUUUGUUCAUCCCGGAUGUGUUUCCCGCAUGUUACACAUUUCUUCUCAGUGUCCAUAUUCAACGUUUCCUUGACGUGUUUAAUAUUUCCAUGGGUCUUAUUUAUCUGUGCUGGUCAGACAUUAAGCAUCCUGUCUCUUCAGCAAUCUCUCCGAAUUUUUUAUUUAUUUUUUUUGUACCCUACACUUCCCUUCCCCCCCACUUUUUUAUCCCUUUUAUACUUUUUUUUUUUUUUUUUUUACCAUAGCCUGCAUUAGCUAUGAAUGUAAUCCCAGGUGUUGACAGAAAACUAGUUGCAGGAAGGAGCAGGUAAAAGGAAUAGAUUAACCAUUUGCCCGAGGGGAUUUAAAAACAGACUGCGGAAAGGAGAUGGAGAUAAACAUGAAAGAAGGAAUGUUUCUUGUUUGUUCUUUGUUGAAGAACAAGAAAAAGACACCCCCACCCACUUAAAAUUUUUAAGUCCUACACCACUAGCCAGGCUUUACAAGUUACUAGCCGCUACAUGCCUGGAGGCUCCAUGUCACAUUAUCACCAGUUCCUCCUAUCCUAUUCACUUGUAUUAACAGGAAGAGCCGUCUGCUUUGUGUAAGCCAGUGGGGAAGUGUUAUAACGACCUGAAACACAACACCUCUAUAACACCUGCUCUUACUUUGUUGGCUUCCAGGGGUUUUGGAACAGCCUACUUCCAAGUACGGUUCACUCUCCUGUAUCCUGUUUCACAUUAGUGCAUGUGUUAUGUAAUAGACAUGUGCAUUCGUUAUCGGAUGAAUAUGAUUGUCAGAAUUUUCUGACUUUUUCGUAAACGAAAGUCCUACAUAUGAAUUAUAUACGAAAUGAAAGGGCAAAUGCAUUACCUUUUCGUUUCAGUUCUUUCAUUUAAUAGACUCCAUGAUGCAGGAUAGGCAGAUACUGUUCACCUAAUCCACGCGAACGAUUCCACCGAACAGUGCUCUUCAGGAUAUAAAGAAAUAAACGCAGGCGGGGAUGGAAGUUCAGCGGUAUUCGCGAGGUCGAGUGCCUGAUUUUAGUUCCAUGCACUCAACGUCCAAACACUGCUGCCUGCGUUCGUGCGAACAAGACGGCUGCCACCACAUGUUCGUGCAUACAAACUGUGGCCACCCAGCUGAUCACUUAGAACACUGAUGUGUGAAUCGUUAUUGAGAUGUUAACAGGGGCGAGCGGGAUUAAUAAGCAUACAGGUGGUCUGGGUAUUUUGUGGUUUUGUUCGAUUACCGUGAACACUGUAUUUACCGAACAAAACAGGGAAUAGUAAACGAACACUGUAUUCCACUGACAGGGUGUUAUUCCCCCCACAGCAUGGAGCAGAAACAAAAACCACUGGUUCUCCCAGCAGCCUGAGAUGGGGCCCAUUUUAGUUUUUUGGGUUCCCAACUAUAGGGAAACAGGGGGGGCCUUGUCCAGGUCCUCCAUUAUUGCACUAGCGACUGGGCAGCAAAAAGUACAUCUCCAGAUAGCCCUGAUCUGAGUGUACAACAUAUCCAAAGAUCACUCAGAUCGGUUUAGUGGAACGGGAAUGCCAUCGAGGUAAAUUUUGAUCGGCCAGACACGAGGCGCUAACCCAAAACAGUUCCAGGAGAAUAGGUGUAUGUGCCAGUCUCUGUUCGUGGAGUUCAUGUGCGAACACCAAGCAAGGUGAUCUUUUCAUUUCAGGAUAUGAAUGCUCCCUUUGUUUGGUAGUUUAUAUCUCCCGAACAUCGUUCAUAUAGGUGGUUGGGGGAAAAAAACGGCAGCGGUCUAAGUUUUAUCGGCGUUCGUGCGAGUACCUAGCCGAAAAGAGUUCCAGGCACUCGACGACCAAGUACCGCUGCCCACAUGCGGGAGACAAAAUGGGGAGACAAGACAUUCUUUUGUCGACCACGUGCAUUAGGCCACCCAGGGGUAGCAUUCAUUAAUUACUUCCCUUGCGGAUUCCCACUUAAGUUGCUUGUGUGAACAUUCUAAUGGGGUACAGGGGUGGUCCUCGUUCGGUAAAUGAAUGCAUAUUGUUUGUAUGAAGUACUCCAGGAAAAAAAGGGUAAAACACACAAAAUGAGGGGAAAACACACAAAAUAGGUGGCAGUCCGCCACACUUCCUUUUAUUAAUAUGGGGGUCAUCGUGACCCCCAUAGGUUUAAAUGCCGAGGGGGGGGGUAGGAAUUGUUAAUAUUUAUUACAAGGAGGGAGCUGGUAGCACUGCCGGCUCCCUCCUUACUUUUUUUUUGUGUGUGCAUGCGCUGUGUUAUUUUUGUCCUAAUGAGCGAAAACAAAUUAUUUUUUAUCAAAUUUUGUCUGAAAAACAAAUGUUUUACACUCUAAACUCGGAAUGAACAAAUUUAAUUUUAUUCAGUACGAAUUAAUUUGUACGAAAUGAAAAUUUCACUGGUGCACGCGUCUAUUGUAUAGUAUCUCGUGUUUAUCAUGAUUUUUGUUUUGGUUUUAAUUCAACUCCCAUGACCUUUGGAAAUAAGGUGUUAUUCUGUGUUCCACCAUGGAGGUAAUUCUAUAUAUGCAUGUUGCUGUAUUUGUUAUUCUACUGAUGUACUGCAGUGAUUCUAACUCAAUGACUGUGAUACAAAACCCGGACUUGUAAAACUGGAAUGGCAAAAAAGGUAGAAGUCUUUAUUGUGAGGAUAGUGGUUCUGCAUCACCUGUGAUCUACCUUUUGGCCAACCCUGCUACAGAAUGAACCUACAAACCAGAUGAUUCACUAGAAGACCUAUCAGAUCCACCCAACAUGACGCACCAUGGUAUCCAGUGUAUCUCCAAUGCUGCAAGUUACCCUUAUCCCUCGUGCCAAAUCCACACCAGCAGCAACACUGGCACAUUGGAAGCUUGGACAGCAAGACAUGAAAGUCCUUUGAUGUGGAGGCACCCAAAUGUCCGUGUAGGUCUGCUACCUCCCGAAUUCAGCAACAAUCAACUCCUCCAUAGCGCGGCAUUCCUCUAUGCGUCUAUACCAAAUUAGAGGCGUAGUGAUGGAUUGCCUCCAGCAUAGUGUUAUAAGUCUUUUAACAACAUCCAGGAAGCAAGCUAACAUUGACUUGAAGCCACAGGGGUAGAGGUGUGGUGUUGGAGAAAGGGUGCAGGUUCAAAGGAAAAUGGAUUGUCAGAGAAUUUAGAUAUGAUGGAAUAAAUUUUUCUCAUGAAAGACUGAAUCAAUGGGCAAUCCCACCAGAUGGAUUUUGUCGUACCCUCUGUGUCAUGGCACCUCCAACAAAGUCCUGAGGAUAAAGGGUCUAUGACCUGCAUUCUCUGAGGCGUUCUGUACCAUAGGGAGGUACAUGUUGAAUAGUCUAUUUAAUUGUACAUUUUUGUUAAUGCUUUCUGAUACACAAGCAUUUUUUUUCUUUUAUUUGUCCUUGAAAGCAUUAUUUGACAUGAUAAAUCUCAGGCUAAUGGGUAGUGGUGCAUACUUAAAGGGGACUUAUAAAGUAAGAAAAAUUGGUGCUUUUAUUGCAAGAAUAACAACGGUGGUUAAUGUUUUAGUCCAGCACCCUGAAUUUUUCUCAAGAUCUUAAAUCUCCAACUCAGUUUGUGCUUGGGUACUAAGAACUCCUACCAAUAGAUGCAGACCCCAUGGAAAGAACAAUACAGUCCCGGGACUCCGCAUGGAUGCUCAGACUGCUUUUGUUGAGUCUUGAGAAAAGUCUGUGAUAUUGGACUGAAACAUUGGCAUUUAUAUUGCAUUAAAGGGACACUCCAUUGCACAACAGCAAUUACUAUUUAGUAAAUAUACCAUCAAUGAAAACAAAUAUGGGGGAUCUGAAAUAUGGUGGGGAAUUGACGCUGAAACCCAUGCUAUGCCGCUGUGUCUGGUCUGAAGAGGGGUUUCGGGAGGGGCAAGGAAGUGUCCCUGAAUGGCAUUUUCGAAAUGUGGUCACCCUACCUUAAUCAAGCUUCAAAAUUGAGGCUCAGUGCUGCACUGCUGCAAUGCUAUUUUUAAAAAUGUCAUGCCGCCAUUAUGCGGGGGCCGCGGGGCCGGCAAUUCACAAUGGGAAGGUGCGAGUGUUGAUUUGCCUUUAUGACACUUGGUUCACCUUCCCUUCCAUUGACUGUCCACCCACACUCUCUACAAACCUCGUGACCUGACAUCAACAGUGUAUUUGUGUGUGUGUGUGUAUGUAUGUAUGUGUGUGUAUAUGUAUAUAUAUAUAUAUAUAUAUAUAUAUAUAUAUAUAUAUAUAUAUAUAUGUGUGUGUAUAUAUAUAUAUAUACACAUAUAAGAUAAAGAUAUGUGUGGCUGUAAAUAUAUAUAUAUGUGUGUGUGUAUAUGUACAGGGCUGGUGCAAGGAUUUCUGCCACCCUAGGCAAAGAUCCAUUUUGCUGCCCCUUCAUGUUACUCACUCACUGACAGACACACACGCUGACACACAUUCACUCACUGACACACACAUACACACACACACACACACACACUCACUCAGACACUUACUGAAAGACAUACUCAUUCAGUGGCAGACACAUACACUUACUGACAGACAUACACACACACACUUAGUGACAUACAUACACUCACUGACAGACACACACACAUACAGACACUCACUGACAAACACUCACCUCCCUGGGGUUCAGUGUGGGGCAGCCUCUCACUCCUCCCGCCCACUGUUUAGUAUGCUGGGGCCGGAAUGACUUCAUACUCUGGCUCCCGGCAUCACAGAGGGCAUGCGAGGGAGGAGUGAGAGGCUGCAAGAAGAGCCUCCCUCGCCACCUGCAUUCUCCUCCGGACACCGACAUUUGAUGGCAGAGCAGGCACCUGUCAUCAAGGUAAGAAGGUGCCUGCUCUGCCAUACUGUGACAGGGCUACUCUGGGCGCCCCCACCUCAGCGCCUGGAGGAGCGCCCCUGCGCUGAGGUGGUGGCUCUAGAGCCGCUCGCACAGCACUGUGGCCCAAGACAGGGGAAUGCCUAUUUCGCCUAACGGUGGUUCAGGCCGUGUGUGUGUGUGUGUGUAUAUGUAUGUAUAUAUAUGUGUAUGUGUAUAUAUAUAUAUAUAUGUGUGUAUAUAUAUGUAUAUGUAUAUAUAUAUAUAUAUGUGUGUGUGUAUAUACAUGUAUAUACGCGGCGUUUGUGUUUGUGCUUUAGGGUGCACAAGGGUGUGCACGCCUAUGUAUACGUCUAAAAUUAAAAUGGCAUUUUAGUCAAAAAAACUAUAAAACUAAAUUGAAAUUUGCUGCCAAAAUUGACACUGCACAGAGGGUUCUGUGGAAGGGAAAAAAGUGACAUACUGUGGCUUGGGAGAGAGACCCCAAAGGGACUGGGAGGACACAAAGAGACACAGAGGGGUUGCGGAAUGGGCAAAAGAGACAGAAAGAGGCUUUAACUAAACCCAGUAGAUUAUAGUCGUGCCGACUAAAACAAUUCAGAUGACUAAAAUACGAUUAAAACUAAAAUGUCUUUUUAGUCAAAAGACUGUGACUAAAAUUAUAUUGAAAAUUGCCGCCAAAAUGAACACUGAUUUCAGCAAGCUUAAGUACUUUGUGUGUUUGCAGUGUCACUUUUAACAGCAGGAAUAAAAGCAGUCUUUGACUAUCAAUACUGAGUCUAGUAAGUGUACUCUUUCAAUCCGAGAUAGAAAAAUAUAUAUGUAAUAUUAAGCACGUGAAUAAUGUGGGUUGUUGAGGGGCAGUUGUAGCAUGGAGAUGCUGUGCCUUGCUUAUAACUCAACCAAACCGUCGUCACGGAAACAGCUUUUCUCUUUUUGAAGGUUUUUAUUUUUUUUAAUUUCCUUCAGCUUAGAGAUAAAACUGCACUUAGUGUCUCUGCAGUUGGUGUUUGUGUAAUCUGUAUAUUGAAUUCACUGUAUAAAUGGUAAGUAUUUACAUUAAACCAACUCCGUCCUGCGUAACAUCGCAAAGCCCCCUUUUAAUUUGCAAAUAAUGUAAUCAGUAGAUUGUGCCAGAUGGACAGAUUUGCAUAUUUUAAUUAAAAAAUAAAAUUAAAAAAAGUUGACUUUUGUACGUGCCUCACCUGGUAUCCUAAAAACUAAAAGUCAAUUAAAGCAAGCGGAACAUGUCGGAAAUUCUAUUAACCCCUUAAGGACCAAACUUCUGGAAUAAAAGGGAAUCAUGACAUGUCACACUUCAUGCAGAAUAAAAAAAAUACAAGAAUUUACUUUAAAAAAUAGCUUUUCUGAUAUAUGAGCAUUUAUUAUCUUCUACUCUAAUAGUGUCAGCAUCAUAUGCAGAAUUGACCAUAAGCAUCAUGAGUAAUGUAGUGCGUGGAUGACUGGAGUAUCAGACUAUAGUCAUAAUUCUUUUAUGAGAAGCUUGCUUUUUUUGGUGCCCUCAUUCAUGAUGUGUGAACUCUUCUGCCCGAGUCUGUGAAUGGCAUUUUCUGCGUUUCCUUGUGUUAGUCGUACUAACAGCGCCCGGAGGAAGGAAACUGUUACAUAAAAUAUGAAUGCUGAGUGAGACACAUGGUUCAGGGCAGAAUCUGCACUCUCUGCUUUGUCCUUGCCAUCGUAAUCCUGUUUGAAGCAAUGACGGAGACCUCUUUUAGGCCAACAUGUAAAAUUUUCAUUAGAACCCAGGCCUUGCCAUAUAGCCUACAUGAGGGACUUCUUCAAGCUAAUCGAAUAAAUGUAGGUUUUAGAAUGAUUCAUUUCCAAUUUGAAAAGGGGCUACAAAUAUAAGGAGUUUUUGUUUUUCUUUGUACGCACUGCGGUUGAGUAUUUAGAAUAAAGGAAUUUAUAAUCUGACCAUUGUUGUUACAAUACAGAAUAUAACCUGUUUUUUAUUUUAUUUAUUUAUUUAUAUAUAUAUAUAUAUAUAAUAUAAAUUUUGUUUUUGUUUUGGGAGGGUGGAGGGAGGGGGCACAGGUUUGUACGCAUGAACUGUCCAUAUCUGAAUGUAUCACUAUCAAACAUUACAAUGAGCAUUAAUCUAACUUUUCUUUCGAUUAUUGGGAUCUUUCCAAGCAUACUUCGACAGAAUAAUUGUAAUCCAAUCCUAUUCAUCACCUCACCACUCGUUACUGUGCUUAACAAACUGGGUACAGAGAGACUAAGUGGCAGUCAAACAUUUUGACUUUUGAGGUUUCCUCCCUAAACACAAAUUUGUAAAGUAAAUUGAUGACAAAACUGUAAAAUGUAAUUUAAAAAAAGCCGUUUAAAAACAAGUCUUUUACUAUGCUAUAUCCACAGCUUAUUUUAUCCCAGAUUUUUUUUUUCUAUAUGGUUUAAAGGUGUAUUUGUGUAUACGUGCCAACUAAUAUUGUAAAGCGCUACGGAAUCUGUCGGCACUAUAUAAAUGGCAAUAAUAAUAAUAAUAAAGUAACAGGUUUAUUGUGUUAUACUAUUCGGGGGCUUUUACUAAAUUGCCUAACUGAACUGCAAGCAUAGCUGACUGACAGUCUUUUCAGUUUUUAUUUUGACCUUAAAUUUGAAAUUUACCUUGAAUUCUCCCUUUAGGGACUAUGUGUUUGUGUAUCAAUAUAUAAACCGAUAGGCUAUAAAGUAUCACGUAUACACGUAAACUGACUUCAAACACAAGAAGGUCCACUACAAAGUAACAAUUGCCUCCCAUCCUUUAGGCUUCAUUAUUAAACCCUUAAGGACACAUGACAUGUCUGACAUGUCAUGAUUCCCUUUUAUUCCAGAAGUUUGGUCCUUAAGGGGUUAAUGUCUCUCUUUUAUUUUCUGAACAGUCACAUCACUGUUACAUUUGGCUAGGCUUUUUUCCAUUACUGAAAUUCAUCAUUAUCUGUGUCUAUCCAUCACUAAAACACUAACGCUUGUUCUUAUCCUGUCUUGUCUUGCCUUUAUAAGCGCUCUAAAUUCAGCCUGCUAACCUACAGCCUAUUGAAAAUUCUGCUGUGAGGAUAAGAUCUCUGUCCCGUCAAUUUGUCUUUGCUUCCUUCCUGAUGAAAUCUCUCUCCUGCCCCCUAUUAAAUUUCAGAUCCACAACACAACUCGUCUUAUAUUAUUCAAAGCCCUUUACUUCCUUGCCCCUCCCUUGGAGUUAAUCUUUCCCUGUGCCCACUCCUUCUGCCUGCACAACUCAAAUGUUCUGGGCAGAAUGUUCAGUCUGUCGUUUAAAGGCACAGAUCCUCUUAAAGCACAUGGAGGGCAGCCAGAGCUGCAUUGAAUUUAGUAAUGCUCCCAGCCGCCUAUUGCCUGUUCUGCUAGUGGUCUAUCAAAAUAGAGAACUCAAACAGAAGGCAGACAUGCUGCUGCAGGCAUUGUACAUUCGCACGAUAGUAGUUGCAUUGUUCAGACCUAGUUUUUAAACAACCUUGAUUAGGGAUGCAUUCCAGUAAGGUGAUACUACACACUCCUUAUGCGGGCUGCUUUUAUUUACGUCUAGUCGCAUGCACUUAAAGGGUUACUUUAAACCUUUGGAGUAGGGGGAGGGGUGCUCUACCAGUAUAAAAUACAAUUUUGGGUACUAUGUAGGAGGCCCCUGCACCCCACUCCGAUUGCUCUAAAACCUGAAAUAAAAGCUGGGUUUUUGUUUGUUUUUACUCGCCUUGAAUCCUGCACCAGACGAAUGUCCUGGCGUUGACUUUAACAGGGCCGCACGCGGUCCAAUCACAGGUUUUUCCCAGAAUUUACACAAAUAUCGUGUGCUGGGAGUACAGCGAACCCCCAGCACACAAUUAAAAUCUCUGUAAGUGCAGUGGUUCAAGCUGAAACACUGCACAUACUGACUCCUGCCGCCAUGACCAUUUCAAAUCUCCAAAGUGGUCAUGGUGUUUGGACUAACCCUUUAAUUAUUCUUCUGGUGGUCUUUCUAGAGUAUCUAAUUAGUCCACAAUCUUAGCAGUCUGGGGUACUUUUCGUAUACCUGAUUAGUUGUAUGUUGUAUGGUGUUUGGCUGGUACAUGAUUUUCCUUGUAUGUAGCAAGUACUGUAUAUUAAGUUGCUGUUAUGUGUCAUUCCUUUUAUGUUGUAAGUAUGGUAAGGCAUGGAUUAGUAGCUGCAGUAUGCAAUUGGUCAAAUUAAACUUCAGUAAAGACAAAUCUCCCAAUUAUACUCUAUAAUUGCCUGAAACUAAUGGGAGUCCCUCUCCUGGACGGUUGGAAAACAUUUUUCUUCCAACAAACUUUGCCUGUGCCUCUAUAUUGUGUGUGUGUGUAUGUAUAAUAACAUUUGUAUAGUGUCUGAUUUCACAUGUAUCUGGUUUGUAAUCUCCCACAUAUGUCGGUUACUAUACAGAAUUGUGGUGGUGGUGGUAGUGUUUCAUUUUUAUCUUGUUAUCAGUAUUUUGUCUUUGAAGUAUAUUUUUGUCCUCAAGAUAUCAGUCUGUUAACGUUUUGUCUCACUUCUUUCUGUGUUCCACCAAGCAGGUUGUAGUUUGAGUAUUUUUUUUUUUUUUUUUUUUUUAAAGGGUACUCUGAGCACCAUAACCACAACAAAAUUUUAUAGUCAUCAGUCCCCUGUCACCGACCUAACAGUGGUUUGCACGAAAACAGGAGUAUAAUAAAAGACUGCCUUUUAGAAGAAACCUCGGGAGAGCCUGGAUAUCUUUUUUUCCACCCACCUAACGGUGAACUGUCCUACCAUUUAAGAAUUUUGCCAUUCGACUCUGUCUCGUGCUCGUAAAAAUAAGGUUCAUACUUCCACAUUGUCCUACCGAUCCAGGACUUUAAUCACUGGCUGAGAGUGACAGCUUAUGGCGGUUUAUAAAUGUUCACCUUGAUGCUGUUGGCGUAUUUUCCGAACACAGUCCUUACCAGGACUGCACAGACUAGUCCCAAAAGGGGAAAAACAUCUGUCCACAGCUAUGUCUUUUUUUAUAGAUACUAACCCAUACAUUGGACCGGUGGUUCCCAAACCAGCCUUCAUGACCCAGCAACAGUCCUGGGUUUGUCAAUAUCUCCAUUGAAAUAAAAGAGGAAAAUACAUAAAUCCUGGGCUAUUUCUGGACCAUGAAGAUUGGUUUUGGGAACCACUGCACAAGACCAAAAGGCUAUGUAUAAAAUAGCAGGCUAUUGCUGAUGGAACCUGCUGAAAUGAAAACAGGAAUUCUAAAAAGUUGUAAUGUUCUUUAUCCUAAUUUGCAUGUUUCUCAGGGCAUUCUGGGAGUGUUAUAAAGCAGUUUGUUAGAGUUAUAGUCGUGGGGCAGAUUUCAAAAUUUGCUUUAUGAUACGUCAGGUGAAGGUUGUACACACAUGCGUGUGCAUGGAUUUCUCUUCUUCCCAACUUGUUUCUUAUAUUAUCAUAUUGAAAUCUGCAUGACAUAUUUUUGUCUUUUACAUUGAAGGCAGUCUCUGUACACAUGAUGAGGUUUUAUUAUUUCUCUUAUAGACAAUCUCACUGAUUAAAAUUAUAUGUCAUUUCAAACUAGUCUUACUCUGUGUGAUGAUGUCUCCUUCUUGGAGACAUUAUAAUUCAAUUCAUAACGGGUUUUUCUGGGAAGAAGUCUCAUAUCAGAAUGUGGUCUUGUUUUCGUAGAGGCAAUCUCAUUGAUUUAAAUGGUGUCUUAUUUCUUUUAGAUUCAUUAUGAGAAUGUCUCCUGUAUUAGUGGCAAUCUCGACCCUUAACGUGGCAUCUGAUUUCUCUUGCAGCUUGUUUCAUCAAAUGCAACGAUACUUUAUUGUUUUGAUUAUCAUUCUGAAAUGUGGUCUGAUUAAACAAAAUUGUGUGUACCCUAUUUCACAUGUUUUGUUUACAUUUUACACAUUUAAAUGGUGUGCACAUUUUUUUUCAUUGGAGACUCACAUUGGAGCAGUGUCUAAUGCAUAAAGAAUGUAGUUGUUCACAACAUUCAUAUGUAGUAGAUAUCCCAUUACUACUGAGAUAUACAUUUCAUUUCAUUGCAGUUCAGCAUUAGCUAAAAGACCUUGGUUAUGAAGUCCCCAUAUUUUUGUGACCAUUGUCAUCAUUCGUUCUUGCUUGCUUUCAUGAUCGGUUCACAUGGACUAAGUUAUGAGUUACUGCUAAUCAUGUUAGAACGAAGGUUGCAACUAUUGGUGGAUUAAGGCAAUAGUUGGAGAACAUGUUUUAGGAGACUGCCUCUUACACCUGGGGGAUCACCUGUAAAUAACCCUCCAAUGAGAAAUAAUCACGCCUUACCCUUCUGAUAUGCAUGUAACGGAAAUGAACAAACUCUAACAACGGAAUGUUUUAACAGUGGAUAGUUUUGUUUUGAUUUUUUUGCACAAAUUAACACAAACAAUACAUAUCUAAUUGUGAAGAGGUAAUUUCUGUACUUAACUCAUUUUGUGUCUGCAAGACUUUGUGCUGUCACCAUUGACACCUUAACUCAAGUGCAUUUGUUUCUCUGUCUCUUUCAGUGACAGUUACGCUCGUGUGCGAGCUGUGGUUAUGACACGGGAUGACUCGAGUGGUGGAUGGCUGCCACUCGGAGGAGGUGGACUCAGCUGUGUCACCGUGUACAAAGCUCUCCAUCCUGAAGAGAACGGGUGUGCGGAUUUCAUUGUUCAUGGAGAGAGGCUCAGAGACAAAACCGUAAGAUAAUCAAGCAUGUUUAAACUUGUCAUUGUCACCUGUCCUUAGCUGUCACGUUUGCAGUGUCCUGUCUUACUCUGUAUUCUGCCUUAGUGUCCAAGCUUGCCUUUGAAUUACCUGAGUAUUCGCCCCACACUUUGUCCAAAAUUGUCAUUAUUCCUUAUGUUUCUGAGCUUCAGCUCUCUUAAUCUCGUAACCUAUAUUUUUCUUUACUCUGUAGGCCUCCCUAACGUGCCUGUUUGUCUUCUCUUUCAAUCCAUGCAUCCCACAUAUUUGCUUGUCAUGCUUCUCCUAUUCCUAAACAUGAUUGUUUGUCUUUACAUAAUGUCAUCAACAUUCCUUCUCUCAUUUUAUUAUUUUUUAAAAAUUUUAUUUUGCUUAUUCCAGUUUUAGCCCAUCGUAACACUGUUUGUCUCCUCCAUGCAAGUGUCAAUUUUUACACCUGCAUUUUUCUGUGUUCGGGAUACCUGGGUUGCAUUUUUAUAUACCUUUGCUUCCAGCUGCUAUAUGUGCACCUUCCCCUUUCCACUUCUCUCCUGUUGACCGUAUAAGAGGGAACGUGAGCGGGUAUAGGCAUCUUUUCCAAAUCUCCCAUUUAGUAUGUCGUGCGUCUGCAAUGCUACAGGAACGUCUUCGCAACUUGUGUGUAUUUCAACGCAGAAACAUGUACUGCACUUAUUUCAUACUGUCUCGUUGUAUAGGGUCGAUUAUUUUUUUUCCUACUCUCGGAAUAAAAAAAUUUAAAACAGGGAUGGCCUAAUGUAGAUCUCACAGUACUGCUAUAAGUGCUGGGACCUCCCUUUUGGUCACUCAUUAUACCUCAUAGUCCAGGAUGUAUAUAGAAAAAAUGCUAUUGGUAAGGUCUUCAGAUUGCACACAUUUCCAUGUUUUUGGCACACUGUCAAUCGUGGUAGUUGGUCCAGAAAUUGUAUUGAUGCAGGAAAGCACUGAAAAUAAGCAUGUUUUUUUUUUCACAAUAUUCUGGCAGGAACUAGUAUAAAAAAUAGGAGCAUAUGGACAGAAUGAAUGUUCCUCACUGUGUGUGGAAAGUGUUCCCCACCAGCCCUUGGAUGUACUAAUGCAGGUUGGCACGUCUGCUUCCUGAUGUAGAGCAAGUCAUCGUAGGUUCACCUGAGGCAUAUGUUCGUCUCUGGUCCGGAUUCUGGGCAGAUCAUUUUGAAGUGAUUUAAGUGAAUCUGAUGUCCUUGAGCUUUCUCUGGCUUUUUGAGAGUGAUGAGAGUUAAAGUGUAGUGGUAGCCUGGGAUAAAGAAACUAAAAGAAAAAAAACCUGAGACAAUAUGGAGUAUUCCAAAGAGAAAUGUGAUAAUCCUGCCUGAUCUCUUCCCUACAGUAAUCAAAGAAUUGAUAAACAGACAUCAUUGGGUAUAGUACAAUGAAAUAAAAUAGCAAGUACCACCUUUACCCCGUCUGUAACUGUGACUAACUAGCUCCUCUAUAAUAUGUUGAAUUAAGACUUUACAGACGCACAAAGCUUGAUAAAAAACGGAAUUUGGUUUAUCCUUAACUGUUACAUUGUAACAUUCUAAACACUGCUAUUUAGUCUCUAUUAAUUGUUAUACUUGAUAUUUUAUUCUGCUACACUGUGCCAAUCAUGUCUGUUUAAAGGAACACUAUAGGGUCAGGAACACAAACCUGUAUUCCUGAACCUAUAGUGCAAAACCCAACAUUUAGGUGGCUUGCCCCCCUCACCUUAUUUCCAGCACCGCCCCCUUGGUGACAUCAUUAUAAUUGCUGGUUUAAGCCAAUCCAAUGCUUUCCCCGAUUGAGUAAAAUCAGCAAAGGGGCGAGGUCAAACACCAUUUUGGCCAAACAGCACCUCCUCAUAGAGGUGCAUUGAAUCAAUGCAUCUCUAUGAGGAAAAUUCAGCAUCCCCAUGCAGAAUGUAGAGACGCUGAACAGCAGUGCUGCCUACUGUGCAGCACUGCCCCAGGAAGCCCCUCCAGUGGCCAUCUGAGGAGUGGCCACUUGGAGGUGUCCCUAGGGGCAAUUUAAACACUGCCUUUUUUUCUGAAAAGGCAGUGUUUGCGUGAAAAUGCCUGCAUAUAAUGAUUAUACUCACCAGAACAACUACAUUAAGCUGUAGUUGUUCUGGUGACUAUAGUGUCCCUUUAACUAUUCUUUUUGGCAUAGUCUAUUUUCUUUGUUUUGUUUUUUACUUUUAGUUUCUUUAAUCUAGUAUUACGGUUAAGCCCUCAGACAGUCGUGGUCUGGCAUUUGGGCACUAAGUUGUCUUAGAGUCCAUCUCCUUUCUUUGUAGUUAGGCUAAGCACAUAAAUGGUUGUUUUGGCAUUUAUAAUUUCCAUAUAUUUAAAGGCAAACCGGCACAGCCUGAACAUUACUCCAACACAUAAAAUAUUGAAGAUCACUUAAAACUUGUGCUAUCUUCAUUUUUCAUGUGAUGCUCUGAUUUCUUGUAAAUUCUCAUUAAAGAUUUAGUGAAUUACUCUAUUAUUUAUUUAAGUCCUGGCACAGCCAGGGCACAAAAUGUAAAUGAGGAUGAGAAUUAGAAAAGGCAGAAUAAAUGAGGUUUGUUAUUUUUGACAUUUCAUUUCAUUUUAUUUUUCACAACUAAGAAAUACAUAUUUUUAGCAUUCUUUAUUUCAAAAUUAUUUUAAGAAUAUUUUGAAGACAAGAAAAAGGGUUAAGAAACAUUAGAACUGUCUAUAAGAUCUACCAAAACAGUUUGUACAAACAUGGGUUUGAGGAUGCAUUGUAAGGGGUAGCACACAUGUAGUAAAGUGAUCUGUUUUGAUUGAUUCUUUAUGGGAAUACUCUAUACACGAAACACCUUUAGCUUAAUGAAGCCGAUUUUGUGUAAAUGACAUGCCCCUGUUGUCUCACUGCUCAAUUCUUUAGGUUUUAAAUCAAUUUGUUUAUAUUUAUGCAGCUGUAGCCACACCUCCCCUGGCUGUAACUCUCACAGACAACAUGAAAAAAAUGUUUUUUGUUGUUUUUAAAAAUCAGAUGUGUCAGCACAGUGUGUUUAUUUUAGUUUUAUUCUCUUGCUCUGUUACGUGAGCUUUAACCUCACACAGGAGAAUCCUGUAGACAGUGGCGUACACAUGAUCCAUGGGGCCCGGUGCUAAAACAGAUCUGUGCCCCCCCCCCCGGGUGGUUACAUCGCGCGAGCCAGCCGCAACACAUGGCGGUGGGCACCUGGUCGCAGGGUCUGCAGGGCGACCAGGCCCCCUGGAGUGAUGGGCCCGGUUGCAGCUGUGGCAACUGUACACACAUACAUACAAAAACACAGACACACAUACAUACAAAAACACAGACACACAUACAUACAAAAACACAGACACACAUACAUACAAAAACACAGACACACAUACAUACAAAAACACACACACACAUACAUACAAAAACACACACACACAUACAAACAAGCACACAUACAAACAAGCACACAUACAAAAAAGCACACACAUACAAAAAAGCACACACAUACAAACAAGCACACAUACAAACAAGCACACAUACAAACAAGCACACAUACACAUGCACAGACUUACACAUGCACAGACAUACACAUACAUGCACAGACAUACACAUACAUGCACAGACAUACACAUACACAAACAUAUACAGACAGAGAAACAUUCAUACAUACAAACACACACAUAUACAAAAUAUUUUAGUCACCCUCCUGUUUCCUACCAUUUAGAUGCAGACGAAAUGUGUGGCUAGGGCUGUAUAAACAAAGCGUUUUAACUCUUAAAUGCCAAAUAAUUGAGCAGUUAGACUGCAAGGGACAUGAUCUACACAAUAUAUAGUUGUUUUGGUAGUCUUCGUGUCCCUUUAAGUGUCAGAUGGAAGGUAAGGGAGGCAUAGCAAGUUCUACAGAUAAGCAACCUAUUUUUAUUUUUAUUUUUUUCGCAUGUAUAAUAUUGGCUGAAAGCAGGGAUUGGAGAAGAAGCACCAGGAACUAGAAGAAUAGGUUUCUUUAAAAUGCGUAAGCACAGUCUCACCACUUGUACCCAAAACAGUUGUGGCAAGGGACACUGCUAUUACAUAUAUGUGAAUAAUGACCAACCUUACCACAAUGUUUCCAAUUGAGAUUGUUAGUUAUUCUUCCGGUGUUAAAGGAACACUCCAAGCACCAUAACCACUAAUCUAUAGUGAUGUCGUGUCAGGGUUCCCUUGGCUCUUUCCACUGUAAGGAGUCAAACCAUUGUCGUAAACGUUUGACUUGUUACCUGGGGUAUGCUGGUGCCGUUCCCUCAUUUUUGAAAACCAGAAGGGCCUGCUAGGGCCAGCUUAUUGGUUGAGAGCAUCAACAGAUUACUGACUUAAUGGUUUGCUAAACUGUUUGAUUACUUACAUUGAGGGUAUUCCUGGCUCCAUAACCACUACAGCACACUAUGGAACUGGGACAUAUAAACACGCAUAUUCAAAUUGUGUAUCAUUUGAGACCACUUAUGACAAUUUUGACUGCUCAAUAAAUGAUGCAGUUGUAUAUUAUUAUUAUUUUGCUAUUUAUAUAGCGCCAACAAAUUCCAUAGCGCUGUAAAAAGUGGAAAAAGUCAAAGGAGAGCAAAGGUGGGAAAAUUAAAUAUAGGGGAUAUGUAAAUAUGUUAUUAAAAGUCCUGAGAAAUGGCAGUGCACCUCCAUUGGCCAAACACAAAAUUGACUGUUUAGUAGAUAUACCCAAAUAAACACAUGGAUGCUUUUUAUUAAGCAUUUUUUCAUUGGGGUUACAUCUGUGAAAAAGCUGCAGAUAUUUUGUGUGCAGUGUUUGCAAACCCCUGCAACCUUUCUUCCCCAGUCCAGACAUUCUGUCCAAUCACAGACUUCCCAAUGCAGCUCAAUGAGAAGUCUUUGCAAGGCCGGUGCUCCGAGCAAUUGCUGCCUCUUGAGUUUAGCUUCACUGAGCUAACCAACCCAGGAAGUGACAGGACCUGCAAUCCAAUUUCUAUGGAAAUCUGCCUUUUUUAUGCAAAACGGAUAAAGCGGACACACUCUUCACACAUAAAGCACUUCAGAAAGCUAAAGUGCAUUAGGGGUCUCUGGAGUGUCCCUUUAAACAUUGAAUUGAAUAUCUGACUUAUUUUCCAUGAUUCCGUGGUACAACUUUAGAAUGAUGAGCCUAUCUCAACCACAUCCUCACACCCUGACCGUGAUAGCAGAGCUUUGUCGUGAGGAAACCUGCUGUAAAACUCACAAUUUCUGGAUUGUAUGAAAAAUAAAAACUUUUUUUUAUAUUUUUCUUUACUUUGUAAUUUUGUAACAGAAUCCUUUAUUCCAACUUUUGUGGCAUUCAGAUGUUGCCGAGACCUGUAUCCUUAUCUGACCACCUUCUUCCCAUACCCUCUCCGUAUCCUGUGGCGGCCAGUUUAACACAUCUCGAUAAAAUGUGCAUGUUGGUCCUCGUUCCCCAAUGCUUGUAGCUGUGCGCUUGUCUCCAUGACGACAGAACACUGUCUCCGGAACAGAAUAAUGAGCCUGGGGAGGAAGACAGACUGCUAGUGGGAGAGAGCUUGCAGUGUCCUGCAUGAAUCAGUCCUCUCACUCCUGGCAUCUCGGUGCUCGUAGAGGGUGAAUGCUAAGCAUUCGGCCAAAGGGAAGUGGUAGUCAUGGUACAAUGCAGGGCAGGAGAAUUGCUGUAUAUCGCCGAUAUUAGUGAGAACACAGUAUCACUUAGCUAUGCUACAUCUGCACAGUCAGAAUCUUAAACAUAAUUCAGGAUAUUUUGUACUUGUAGCGAAACUUAGAAUUUAAUUAAUCACGUCUUGCAUAUCUGUCCUGGCCAAUUGAACGAUAAAUGUAGCUCUUUUUUCGGAAAUCUAAAUUAAACGGUUAAUGCCAGACUUUUAGAUGACACAGUCAGGGAUCAAUUUAUGUGGGCUGAUGAUGAAACGCCAUGGAUUAAAGGCAAAGGUUAAUUGCCGUACCCUAAUGUAGGUAAAAGUUACGGCUCCGCAAACCUCUGCUUUUUUCUGAGCCAUCAAAUAUAGUUGUCGAUUCUUAGAGCUUUUUUUGUAAGCUGUAGUGGAAUGACUGCUUUACCAGCUUGUCCCUGGUGUGGAUUUCCCAUCAGUCAGUUCACUAUCCCAGUUAAUUUAAGAAGCAAGUCACCCUUCCUAAAGUCUUUUUUUUUUUCUACUGCCCCCUCUCCUCCCAGACUGCACGUGGGCUAACCUGAACAUUCUCAGACAUGGUCUUUCUUGUAACGUUAAACUUUUCAUUAAAACAGGAUUUCACCGCACGUUAUAAUAAAACAGGACCCAGUUAGUGGGUGCCUAAAUUUUUGCGUACCCAGAGGUGUAAGCAAUGCAACACAUUCACACACCUCUAGCCCUCGAAGGUCUGACUUUUUUAGCCCUCCACUGCAUUACUUUAGCCCGCUGGAAUUCAAUGGGUUAAUGCCUAUGAUGACCUAAGUAGAAACAAACAAAAAAACUGAAGGUGGUACUUGAUAUGAAAAGUUAGGAUUCUUCUGUAGUAUGUUGUACUCUGUAAACUGUCAGGCCAAGAGUUACACGGACUAUUUGUAGUAGUGUGGAUUUUGUCAUUUUUCUUUUAUUAAUAACAUGCUACCUCGCCGUAGACUAUCAUUUAACACCUGCCUCGAGACCCUUUAUUCCCAGCCUGCGGAGAGCACAAUUACUAUUUUUGCUGGAAGUUGUGGGUAGGAAUUUGAGCCAGACGGGCUCUUUCUUUCCCACUGCUAUGAUGCAUUAAAAGCCACAAAAAGCUCUUUUCUCAUCCAAGAGCGACUUAAACAUAGAGUAUGAAGCAGAGGAAUGAUUCAUUGGAGUGCAGAGAGAGGAGGAGGAGAGAAAGCGAGGAAUGAGGCGCAUAGACGAUGAGAAAGAAAGGAGGAAUGAUUGCAUCAAUAGUGGGGCAUAAAGCUCAGGAAAUGGAGAGAAGUAAUGAUGUGGACUGUUUCCUGAAUGUUACUCCCUCUCCCCUCCCUGGUCGUACAGGAGUAUAAAGGAGAGGAAUUUGACCUCUAGAGGCAGCUGGAGUAUUGAUUUUUUACAGAUAAGUGAAAAGGCCUCUGCCUGAGACCAGCUUGCAGCCUCUGUGAGGUCAAACCUCAUGUUGAUUCCACAUAUCCUGGUCUUUUCACUGUCACCUUCCUGAGCUGGGCUCCAGCCAGUCUGCAGGAAGCAAUCGCCACAUCCCAUAUAAUCCCUGUGUCACUCAGGAAAAGCCCACACAGCAGAGCUCAAAAGCAUGUUCUUCAGUUUAGAGUGGGUUUUUUCGCUGUAGCACGGGAACACGUAGCCUGAACAUUGACUUGUUUACACUCGGUGCAUCCUGGUUUUAUUGUUUAUUACUUGAAUCAUUGUUCCAUGUACGUACACGGAUGGAUGAGUUAAUUCUGCGUCUGUCUGUCCCGGUGGAGUGAAAUAAUAUUUUUAAUGUGCUAUACAGUAUUGCGAGGUUGAUGCUCUGUUUAUACUCUGGGUUAUUUGCUAAAGUGAGAAUUGUCAGAAAUUCUAAGUAAAUUUCAAAUCGAAUGCCAAAUUACUCAAAAUGGAAGCAUAGCAGACUUGGCAAAAUGUAUCCAAUUUGGUUAUUUUGGAUUUAAAGGACCACUAUGGGCACCCAGACGACUUCAGCUCAAUUAAGUGGUCUGGAUGCCAGGUCCAUCUAGGGUUAACCCUGCAGCUGUAAACAUAGCAGUUUCAGAGAAACUGCUAUGUUUACAUUAGGGUUAAUCCAGCCCCUAGUGACUCUCAUUGACAGCCGCUAGAUGCGCUGCCGCGCUUCUCACUGUGAUUUUCACAGUGAGAAGACGCCAGCGUCCAUAGGAAAGCAUUGAGAAAUGCUUUCCUAUGGACUGACUGCGCGCGCGGCUCUUGCCGCACAUGCGCAUUCAGCGGAUGACGUCGGAAGAGGGAGGAGAGUCCCCAGCACCAAGGGAGCCCCGUGCUGGAGAAAGGUAAGAAUUUAAUCCCUUCCUCCCAUUAGAGCCCGGCGGAGUGGGACCCAACAUUCACUUUCUGAUGUUCCUCUGGGCUGGGUUGGUACUCCACCUCCUACAACGUCAUCUGACGGGGGGAGGGGCUAAUGCACAUGCACAGCAAGCGUCACAAGACUUAAUAAGGACUUAACUGACACUGGCUGUCUUUAUGCAGAGUGAGAGGACGUCCAGCACCAGUUAAGCAACCUAAAGUCCGGUAAAAUCCCAGAAGCACCUCUAGUGGCUGGUAGUGUCUGGUAGACGGCCACUAGAGGCUGUCUUAGUCAUGCACUGUAAACAUUGCAGCUUUUGCCAAACUUAAAUAUUUUACAUUGUCUAUUUCAGCCUAUUCCCUUUUAACCUCUUCACAAUUCUCACAAUAUGUUAGAUGAUCAGACACACCAACAAUACAGAGCUCCUCGAAAAGAGGUACCUAAAAAAAAGAGGGAUUUGGGGGCAAAAUCGAGACACUUGGGACAUAUGAAGUUUAUAAUGAAACUGCUGCUCAAUUAGCACUGAUGGACUUGUGGAAUCCAAUCCUUUUAUUAAUUGUUUUUGUAUCAGAUGCUACUCGAACAUCUCAACUACCCUGUGGAAAAAGAGCUGGCUGUAACUUAAUUCCUUAAUGAAAUCAUUGUAGCCUUCAAAAUAAAUUGUCAUUCAAGGGCCGCCAAUAAGUUGUUGUUUUUUGCGACCUGUAAAAUGAUACAUUCCCCCCCCCAUAAACUUUAUGGGUGGCCUUGGCAAUUCCAAAGCAAACAAUGACAUGAUAAAAUGUGUGUGAUCUAUAAAAAAAAAAAAGAAAAAGGAAAGCUAUAAACCUGUGCACAUAAACACAGGAUUCUGCAUGGGCAUAAAAAAAUAAAAAUAAAUUUACCCUUAGGUCUAUUUGGUCUUUCUUUUGGUUCAUGCAUUCUUGUCACCGUUGAGUUUAUAUUUAAAAUUGUGUCCAGUUUCGCGCGCAUGUUCCAUUUCCUAACACAUAAAGAACUGUUCAUAUUUUUAUAUUGGUGACGUAUCUUUUGCCUUUACUGUAAUGCAACAAAUGUAUCAUUUUUUUUUUUUCUGUCACUUCGCUCUCCUAUUUUUUUAAAUAUUUAUUUUGUUUUUAUUUUUUUAACCAGUGAUCAUUUAUCUAUGAUCACUGGUUAAAAAAAUAAAAACAUGAAUGUGGCCACAGAAUGAUGGGGGCCGUAGUUUGAUAUGAGUUUGUUUCACUCCUAUCCUACCAUGAUCUUGCUUUAGUUGAAGUUUUAGUUUUUUUUAAAACAUUGUUUUAUUUAUUUACUAAUUUUAUUAUUAUUAUUGUAUUUCUUAAACAAAAAAAGAAGACUGUGAAAGCUGCUUACUUGUUUCAGACAAUAGCAUUGUCAAAAAAUGUUGUUGAGGGGUCGGGGGGAGUGUAGUAUUGCAAAAAUGCAAUUCCAUGUUUUUAACAACCAUAAAAUCUUUUGUGACCUAGAAGAAAAAAAAAAAACAUGGAACCUAACGCAAUAGAAAAAUAAAGUGACAAAGUGUUGUAGUAAGGAUUUUUUUGGCGCAAAUUAAAAAAUAAUUUCAUGGGUUUUUUGAAGGCAAGGUCAAAAGUAGAGCGGAGAUUUCACCAGACACUAUAGAAAUGUAAAUAAUUACAACAGCAUUUUUUGUGAAAUAGGCAGCACAAUAGUAUAACAUGUUUUCAAUUUUAUUUAGCAAACUAAACCCGCAACUCAUUCUCUGGCAUUCAUUUAGGGACGAUCAGUUUAAAGGUUUGUGGUAGUCUGAUUUCUUGCCCUCCAUUUUAUCUAAUAAAUGGGGAAUGUAGUGUUUUGGUUGUCGAAACAAAGAUGAUGCUGGUUUUUUUUUUUUUUUUUGAUUUUAAUUUUGAGAGGUUGAUCAGAUAAUGUGGCAUCAUUCGGUUUGUCUGUGUCCUUGUUAAAGAGACACUAAAGGCAUUAAAACCACUUUGGAUUAAUGAAGUGGUUAUGGUGUAGAUAUCAUGCCUCUGAAAUCACACUGCUCAAUUCUCUGCCAUUUAAGAGUGAAGUCACUUUUGUUUCUCUCCGUGCAGCCCUAGCCACACCUCUCCUGGUUGUGACUGACAGUCUGCAUGAAAACGAAAUGUUUUCAUUUUCAAUCAGAUGUUAACUUGCUUUAGGAGUUUUUAUCUUAUGCUCUGUAAAUUAAACUUUAAUCACACACAGAAGGCUCCUGCAGGGUCUAGAAUGCUAUUAACAAAGUGGGAGAUUAGAAAUUGUAAAUUAUACAGAACGUGCAAUAAAGGUUUAAAAGUUUAAACAUUAAAGCUCUCUCUUUAUAUAAAGUCUUAGAAAGACUGUGCAAGUCACUUGCAGGGAGGCAUGGCUAGGGCUGUAUAAAAAAAGUGAUUUAUCUCCUAAAUGGCAGAGAAUUGAGCAAUACAACUGCAGGGGCAUGAUCUAUACACGAAAAACACUUAUUUAAGCUAAAGUUUUCUGGGUGACUAUAGUGUCCCUUUAAGGUAGCCAUUUUGCUGCACAGCUUUAAAAGUUGUUGCCAAAACGGGUGAAUCAUGGGCACGAAGCACCUAAUAGGGAGAUGUACUGCAGCUGGUGCCUCCAAAUAUCCAUAUGCUGCUGAUUGAGAUGUUGGAGUGCACUGGCCAUUGGCACAGUUAUCCGUUGGAGCCUCCAAAAUCUGUUCACCUUCCUUUAAAAACUAUUUUUCAGCCAACCAAAGUGGAAAUAAUAAAAUCAGCUUUGGAAUAUUUACCUGUGACUUAAUGUAUUUUCUCACUUUGAUGAGUGUGUUUAUAUGCUGCUUGCAGUGCUACGUGUGACACUGUUUCCAAGUUUGUCAAUAACCGUACAGUUGAACACAUGUAACCAUGUGUACCAUAGGAAAUGUGUACUGAUGGAUUGAACGAAAACAUUCUAGUUUCUGUUUCUACAUAUAUUCCUGUGUGUGCUAUUCUAUGUGAGACUCCAGUUCAGUUAUCCUUGGAGAUUUGUUUCCUCCACAGACAGGAUAUUGAAUAAGGAAAAGAGUUGGUCUACCUAGUCCGACUGCAGCUGGUUCAUAUCUGCAAAGAAUUGUUGGGGUUUGAGUUCUAGAAUUCCCACAAAAUUUUUGUUGGGUGCCAACAUUCAGUGUGUUCUGUUUCCCAAUAUGUUGCAGAGUCAAUCAACCGUGUCACAAUUCGUGCCCUGUCUGGCUGAAUAUUUCUGCUAUUUUCCCGUCCUUACACAAAGCAAGCCCUAGCAGAGAUCUGAGGGUGUGUCCUUAACUAUCUGUAUGCAUUGGGUGUGUAAGCCUAGGCAUUCUGCGCCCUGAGCACCCAAUUUAGAUACCCAAAAGAACAGCACCCUGCAGGGUGUGUACACAAGUGCUGUGCAAGAUUGCAGCUUGUUUUAAACUCUCAAAGCUUACAGAGUUCAAAUUGCACAUGUAUGCGAUCUAACCACUUCGACAUCUAUAAGCUAAUGUCAUUCCAUUUAUUGCCAUGUCUAUAGUGGGUAGUUGAUUUAAGUUCCAGAAAAUGGUUUAUUCAUUAAACUGUUAGUUGAGGAAGAUUGAGAAGAAAAUAUAAGUUAAUAGAAAAAAAAAAACAAGCAGAACUGAAAGAUGUUUGGCUUAAAUUUGUCAUACCAUUGUUAUUUCCCCACAAUGUUUUUGUUGUGUCAAAUCUAGAUUUGACUUGACCGUUUCUGGACAGCUCAUAUGAAAUUCUAGAUUUUGGUUUGGUCUGGUUUCCUUCUCUGCUGUAGUGCUGAAUACAUGUAUUUAUGAUCUGAAUUUGUAGUAUUUAAAAGGUUGUUCUAAACUCUUUUUAGAGCCAGCUGUUUGGGGAAAACCUUUUUUUGGUACCAUUUUUUUUUUUUGUUUAACUGCAGAAAAAAAGACAAAUGUACAUUAUACUUAAAACAAAAUAAAAAUAGCUAGCCUGGGUAAUCCUUAACCACUGAUAAAGAUAAAAGGCAUUUACAGUAACUCCAAUCACCAUAUUGGGCUGAGGUCAGUUGAGUUAAUAGUACACAACAAAGACCAUCCUUCAAAGACAUGAUAUAUAACCAACUACUUUUAAGUAACCAAUACAUCCUUUCACAAAUUAAAACAAAACUAACAGAUUUCUAUUUCUAUGUGGGGAAAGGUCAAGAGCCACUCUGAGAAAGAGAUUUCACUUCUACAUAAAGUAAAAUAAGAGAUUUAUGCUGGUAUUGGGGGAUGCUCUGCCACCACUUUUAGAUGUGCCACAUGGCAUUUUGAAAUCCUAAAUAGACCUUGGGUGUAUACACCCAGAGCAAAGAUAUCCGUCCUCCAUGCAAGAAAGAAUGUAUUGCUGUAUUUUUCUUUUUUCCCCAGCUAAUUCAUCUUAAAUAAGUGUAGACUCUUGGUUUAUAUAGGGCCAUGGUUGGGGAGUGCAGAGUGUAGUCACUGGUGGAGAAUAGUUUUACGAGCCGCAGAUGUAACCGCGUGUAACAUUCUAUUGCAUUUUGAGACACCCUCUUUCAAUAUAUUGACAUGGUCCACUUCUCAGGUUGAGUUCCACUAGGACCACAUAGAGGUUCAUUGCCCUCCAAAAUAUAUGAAUGCGUAGACGUGACCAGAAACAGUAACCAGUAUCAAUACGGAUACUUGGGUUAUUCGGGGUUUACGUACUAUAUUUAGGUGUCAUUCACCUAUGAGACUCAGUCUUUUUUUUUAAUUUUAUUUUUUUAUUUGGGGCAAGAAUCUAAAAAUCUGUUCAUGGAUGGCCUAGGACUCCCAAGAAUUUUUUGAAUGCGGAAUGCGGCCACAGAAUGAUGGGGGCCGUAGUUUGAUAUGAGUUUGUUUCACUCCUAUCCUACCAUUUGAUCUUGCUUUAGUUGCACAUGAAAAAAGUUCUUCAAAUAAUAAUACGGUAUACUAAACCUUUCAAAUGUAAAUUGACACUUUUUUUGUACAUGUCUGGGAGUGGAGUAAAGGGAUUUGCACCAGUCUCUAUCCCCAAAGUUUUACAUAAGAUCUGUAAUGUAACUCUUAAUCUGGGGAUACCCAACGUAGUGGAAAGCUGUAUUUAGGGGGUUUAUAUAAUCCCGUGUCUGGUCUAUUCUGGGAGGGAGGUUUUAGUCCCCAGUCCUGAAAUGUCGGAUUAAACAAAUAAAAAGUCAAAAAGGAUAAAAACUGCUUUUGAAAGAGCAGACGAAGACUCAAAAUGGAUAACAUUAGGGCAGUGGUCUCCAAACCAGCCCUCUAAGCACACCUACUAGUUCAGGAUUUCGGUAUUACCCAGUUUUAGAAAAAAAGAACACAACAGGGUAUUCCCUAAAUCCUGGACUGGGAGGCGAGCCCUGAGGACUGAUUUGGAAACCACUGCAUUAGGGUGUUAUCACAGAGGUCGGUAACAAUGAAGACAGACAGGGUAUGUAGCAAAAUGGAUAGGAAAAUGUCAGAGGAAUAUUGUUGGUCCAGGUGGGUCUCAGAAAAUUCCUAGACUACUUUCUUAUAAGCUGCUUUUAAAUAAAAAAAUCUUGACUAAUGAGUUACUCUAGUCGAAACACCAUAACAAUUACAGCAGCGGAGAGCUCUGCACCACACACCAUAGUCAUAGCCACAUGUUUAGUGUGUGAAUCACACCUAUGGUCUAAAACACAAAUAUACAGACUGCAGAGGAAAAAGGGGCCCGGUUUGAGCUGGGCUUAUUCUCCAAAUACACAUCUGUGGAGAACUCGAAAUUAUAUAAUUUUGGAAAAGUCUCUAACUCCUCAAAGGUUAAGAUAGUCUUAAAGUCAAACAUUUAAUUAUUAUUUUACUUUUUUAAUAUAGCGCCAUAACAUUCUGCAGCGCUGUCCAUGGGUGCACUGUUACGAGUAAAAAGACACACUUCAACAGGGGUGCCCAAAAGGUAGAACCCCAGAUGUUUUAAAACUACAACUCCCAUGAUGCUUUGCAUGCCUUUAGAAUGUUUCCGCAUGGAAGCUGUAGCACUACAACAUCUGGUGAUCUUCCUUUUCGGCACCCCUGCACUACAAUGUAACUUAGACACAAUACAAAAUCUGACACGCAAAUACAGGAGGAGAUGAGGGAGAGCCCUAUUUUAGUGGGCAUUUACAAUCUAGAUGGAUAGGGGUGAUCUAAAAUAGUUAUUCAUGUCAAAUUUUCGGGAAUUGCAUACAUAUGGAAAACUCAGUCAAAAAUAGUAACUUUGAUAGAGAAUCGUUCCAAAUCCGCUAUUUUUGCUAUAUUUCGCUUUAGGUUGUGAAGUUCCGAGUUUAGAGAAUAUAACCUUGUUUGGUGAACUUUUUAACUCCACACCAUAACACACUAAUGUACAUACCUCUCAAAAUAUGGGAUACGGUUGUCUCGAGAUAGAAAUCCAAUUGUUUCCUGCGCGACUAAAAAAAAAUUCUUUUUUUUUUUUUAUUUCUCCAGCUGUUUGCAUCUGGUCCUUUUCCAAAAAAACUUUCUGUAGGAAAUGUAAUCAUGCAAAAUGAGGCCCCAGGCUAAACUGCUCCAGAAUUCCAGGGGAGCAGAAAGUUAUUAAGGAAAAAUGUGGCGUGUGUGCAUAUUAUUUUAUAUUAUGUGUGCAUAAAUACCUUUUUCUGUUUUGGGUUUAAUUUACAUUGUAAAUAGAUUUUGUUUGAGAUACUGAUAGAGACUUGGUUGUUGUGUUUGUCAGUUCUAGGUUGAAUGAUGUCGUCUGAUAUCUUGUUAAAAGACGGUUCUCAGACUUCCGAAAGCCUUUGAAGCUCUGACAAAGAUUCUGGUAUCUAUGUAGCAUUGUGUCAUCACGUGACCCAAUACCAGAUUGUGACUUUUGUAAGAUUUGGUUCACUGCAGUGCCGAUAUAUUUGUUUCUCUUGGAGUUUUAGCUCUCGAUGUUGGAUGGAUGGAUGGAUGUGUGUACGUGCUUUCUUGGUACAUAAUGGUGCGUUAUUUACAGUUUAUUUACAUGUCUGUUUCCCACAGGUUGUCUUGGAGUGCGUACUUAAGAGAGAACUUAUCUAUAAUAAAGUCACUCCAACAUUCCACCACUGGAAGAUUGGAGACAAGAAGUUUGGCCUCACUUUCCAGAGUCCUGCAGAUGCUAGAGCAUUUGAUAGGGGUAUACGCCGUGCCAUUGAAGACCUUACUCAAGGUAGUACCACAACUGGAGAUACUUUUCUAGUACUCUUGCAUGUAAGGAAACCUUUUGUUUGAAUUCCUAAAACUCAGGCUACAAAGUAAGGUUCACAACUCCUUUAUAAAAAGGGAACCCACUGAGUGAUUAACAGAUGUGAUUACCGGGCUAAUUACUUUUUGUUUGUACGAUACACAGCUAUCUUUCAUUCUCUUGCCUCGUUUGUUCUCUAUCUCUGAAUCCUUCCUUUCCGAGCAAAAAACAUCCUGCAUAUAUCUCUCUCUAUCCCUUCUUCCACUUCUUUGUCUUUAUUACAAAGGUUAUUUUGCACUAUAACUACUUGGCAGUCCUCUUCCAUGAUGAGCUCUGCAUGUACGGAGAUACUGGCGAUCUCAAGAUCUCUUGAAAUUAUCACGAACUGGCACUUACUUUGUGCUUGGUUUUAUUUUCAUUCCAUUUUUUUUUCUUUUUAUGUAGUAGUGCCUUGCAGAUGAGAUCAGAGGUGAACAUAUUUAACUCUUGUCUUACAAAUCUUUUUAUGGUAAUUUCAGGGUGCCCGUCAUCCCUCCAUGGAGAAUCGGAGAUUCCUGAAGAUGUGCCCCAGGUUUGUUUUUGUCAAUGUAUUUGAUUUUGAUUGUAAAUAUUGCUGCUAUCUCCAACACACCACACUUUCAAACAAACAAACACACAUACACACACAAAAGAAAAGGCAAGAUUUUGGAUUUAGCAAAUUGUAUUACUUUAAAUUCUAGCACUUGAAUAAGAAGGAUGAAUAUGUGUAAUUCAGUGAAUACUAUUAAGUGGACAGGAACUUGGCCAAGUUGUUGACUUGACCCAGAUGUGGUCAACCGAGAAAUCCAAACUUUGGACUUACAACCCCCAUAAAACUCAAGCUCUUGAUAAUCCUACGCUGGCAAUGUAUCAUCUUUUUUUCCAUUAACAAGUCCAUCCAUCCAUCCAUACAUCCACCAAUCAACCAUCCACCAACAGAAACAGUUGCUUAGUGUGUAGGACAUCACAUUUUUGAAUUUGAUCUUUAGAGAACAGAUAUCUCUGGUUAAAGGGACAUUCUAAGCACCAUAUUCACUACAGCUUAUUGUUGUCCUUAUACUACAAAGAUCCUGUUGCUUUCUCCAUAUGCAUCAUCUAAUGUAUUAUCAAUAGAAUCUGUUUAACGCUUGGGGGUCGCAGGUUCAAAUCCCGUCAGGGAUGACUUCAUCCUUCCGAGGUAGAUAAAAUGAGUACCAUUAAAUUGGGUAAUAGUAGCAACCCCAAGACGUACUUGGAAACCAGAGAAUAUCUAAAUGUACCUUUCCUAGUUAAAUACUUUGUUGUUAUUAUUAUAUAUUCCAAAAUAUUUAGAGAAUAGCUGCCCCUUUGAUUUUGAUGUGAAUUUAGGAAGCUAUGCUUUCUGAUUUGGCCAUUCGGGUGUUUAGUACAGGAUUAGUAUGCAUUUCUUGCACACAAGUGCCUCUAUUAAGCCAUGCACAGUGCCACAAACAUUUUCGUGCAAUGCUUUAAAUCUGUUCCCCUGCCUGAUUUAGAACCCUGUUCGUGAUUGUGCUCUGAGCAAAUAUCCUCUGAAAGAUUCUUUGAUGCUGGCCUUUAUUUUCACUGUGUCAGUAGCUAUCUUCACAGUGAUACACAUAUACAGUAGCAAAACCAAGUGGCUCUUUGUUCCAAAAAAGGAUUCAGAUCCCAAAAGCUGAUGAGCGCGAGAGAAACAAACAUGUCAUUUCUUUUUGAAUCAAAGGAAGAUAUGUUACUGCCCCAGGGUUGCAGAAAUCUAACUGGUGUCAGCCAAAUAUAGUUAAUAUCGCAAUGAGUGUUUGUGGCAAGCCACAUCAAAAUUGAAAGCACUUUGAAAAGCUUUCCUUAUUUGUAACCCAUGUCGAUGAUUUCAGCAAUAGUCUGUACAUCUUUACUCGUCUCUGCAGUCGAUGGUCGUCAUAUGUGACUGUUAUGCAAAGGUUUAGCUGCAUGGUAUUGGUUCGUAAAUCACAUGGAGUUUAAUUUAAAAAUAAAAAAAUAAAAACCUGAAGCCACAAUGCUGCCUCUGGAACCAUGACAACUUACUUUUUUGUGACUUUUGUUACAUUCUCUUUUUCCAUUUCCUUUUCUCACUUCCUUUCAAUGUCUUCUCCUGUCCUGUCUGUAUCUCUGUUUAUAGCACGUAUGUGUGUCUGUGCCACAUUCUCUGUUUCUUGUCAGUGCCUGCCGCUGUCUCUUAGUGUCUUCAUUUCAGUGUCUUGUCAUUGCUACCAUAAUCUGUCCCAUUUCACCCCGUCCCAUCCUAGAGCAUGCAUGUGCCUGACCCAUUCUGUCUGUCUGUUCCUCCCUCUCUCUCUCUCUCUCUCUCUCUCUCUCUCUGGCAACUGCAGACAGUCAGUUGAAGUUUUCCAGCUGCCCGAAAGAUGCUCACGGAUGACAGGAGGAAAGUUCUGUGUGCUUUUCGAAGGGAGAUUGGGGGGGAAGGGAAUGCUUUCCUUUCCUUCCCUCUCUCCCUCCGGCCCCUCUCUCAUCUGGCUGCAAUUCCUGCAGCUGGAGACAGUUUUAUAGCUUUCCCCUAGACUUGCCUGCCCCUGCACAGAACUGUGGAUUCAGGAGGGGGCUGAGGGGGGGGGGGGAAAUCGAGCCCAUCUCAUAGCAACCACAGUACUAUAAUUGUUCUUCCAGCAGCUGGAAUAAAACAGAUUUCCGAACUGCAUUAAAAGCUGGCCGAAAGCAAGGUGCAGAUGAUGCCAGACUCCUCCUUUCACUUUAUUAUUCCAGACUUUUUGGUUAUAGAAUCUGUAGGCUUUAUGGGAGUGAGUGCGUGAGUCUGAAGGGAACAAUAUAAGAUUUGGUGGACGAGCUUGACGAGAAGUUGUGUAAUUACAGAGACCGAGAUAUUACUGCAAGAAGUGGGGGGGGAGUGUGCGAACACUGUCAGGGUUUAAUUUUAGAGAAUUCCAUCAAGGUAAAUGCUGUGAUUCAGUAGGCAUGAUUCAAUAGUUUGGAGGAAGUGGUAGGAGAUUGGCGCUGUGUAGUAAUGACGAACGUUGAGAAAAUAAUCUUUAGGACUAAAAAAAUAUAUAUAUUUUGUGUACCUGCCUGUGGAUCCAGAUUGGAUGAAGACGUGCGAAUGAGUGAUUGCACUGUAGCUACAUGAACUGGAAACAAAUAUACUAGUGGGCUCCUCUGUGGUGGGAAUGAAGACUCCUCAUGGCAGGAGCUGUACGAGAAUCUCGCUGGCGUCAUCUCUUGCCUCUUUAAACAGACAAGAUCCAGUCGGAAAGAAAACCGCUUACAAUCUUUGAGUACAAGCCAUGAGUUCGAGAUAAAUUCCAAGUCUAUAUGAAGUAAUAUUCCCCUAUAUUAAAGUCCUUUCUUUUUUUUUUCUUUUCUUUUUUUUUUCAAUAUCUGCUUAAUUGGAGAGAUCCCAAACUGUGAAUGGUGUCAGCCCCUUAACUAGUCGGGCCUGUGAAACCUGCAGAACUUGUCUUCUGAAAUAGAAGUUUCAAGAUCAACACAUACAGUGUUCUAAAGGUGAUCAUGCCUAACAGGCGUUACUCAGAAGAAAGCCUCGUAGGUCACCUGCAGCAAAGUAUCGAAGCAUUGCACAACUUCUUCGGAUCAUAAAAUAUAUACAGUUUCCUCAAAUUUAAAGGAUUGACAGAUUAAAUUACACAUUUUACAGUUUCCUGGUUUAUGAUAUUUUUUCAUUGUUUUAUUGCAUUAGUGUUUCCAUGGUAAUGACAUCUUGUUUUCUUAGUGGGGCUAGAAUGAGGCGGUCUGCGUACUUACAGUAUCAUACACUGAUUGCACAACUUUCUACGUGCUCUCGUGAGCUCAGAUUCAUAACGAAUUAACUUCUUUGUGGGUCUGCCACAUGCCAUGCAAAAACGCUAGUCUGUAUCACUCAUUGUAGUGUGGUCAGUCCAUAACAUUUAAUUUGGUGUAUCAUGAUUUGUCUAUAACAUUUAUUGCCCUGCAUUGUAGUAAUUUAAUGAAGUGUCAUGGUAAGGCUGGAAUAUUCAGCAAUGCUUAAAUGUUUGGCCUUUAUCAUCCAAUGCAGUGUGCCAUGAAUGGAUUGUAACAUUCCAUCCACUUCAUCAUGGUCCAUCUACAUAGCAUUCAAUGCACUGCAUCAUGGUUGGUCUUUAAAAUUCAACAACGUGUCAUGGUCAGGAUGCAACAUACAGUGCACUGCAUCUUGCUUGUGAAGUAACAUUCAAUGCACUCAGUCUUGCUUGGGAAGUGACACUCGGUGCACUCCGUCUUGCUUGGGAAGUGACACUCGGUGCACUCCGUCUUGCAUGGGAAGUAACACUCUGUGCACUGCGUCUUGCUUGGGAAGUAACACACUUUGCACUGCAUCUUGCUUGGGAAGUGACACUUGGUGCACUGCGUCUUGCUUGGGAAUGAACAUUCAAUGCACUACUUCUCUCUUGGAGAGUAACAUUCAGUGCACUGCACCUUGGUUGAGAUGUAACACUCAGUACCUUGUGUCCUGGUUACGAAGUAACACUCAAUGCACUGCAUUUUGGUUUGGAAGUCAUACUUUGUGCACUGUAUCAUGUUCUUGCUGUGUUUUUUAAAACAAUGCAUCAUGAUCCAUCAGUAAUUAUUUUUGGUUAAUAAUUUUAUUGAAAAACUAAGAGGAUAAUAGAAAAAAAAAAACACACACAAAAAAUAUAUGCAGGAACAUUAGAUGCAGAGCUGUGUUGGUGAAUAACCUAUUACGCCCUUACUGUAGCCAGCUCUCUCUGACAUAAUCAUACAGGAUUGUUUGCAAUUGGUCAUUCUUUAAAUAUUACAAUCAACCAUCAAUGUCCAGCAUCACCAUCUGUCAUUAACCUUCUAUAAAUGUGCCAUUGGUAUCCGGACAGCAGUUUCCCAAAAAAAGGUGAAAGAUAACUUGCCUAUCAGCCCAGCUAAUGUACCCACAUGCAGCGACAUUAAAUCAGAUGUCAAAAAAAUACACUGUUCUUAUCGAGUAUCUUAAAGAUAUUGUGCAUUCUAGUGGUAAACGCUCAGUCUCCCUGCAAAGACGGCAGUACUUUUGUGCAACCUGAGUUUUAACAAAUGAUUGAUCAACCUUUUAUUGUUGCUCUAGGUGAACAGAGACGAAUUUUACAACUCUCAAAACACGGACACCUUUUUCCAUCAUGAUUCCGUUCCAUUGGAUGAGUUACAUCGCAGCUCCGCCAUCCGACCUUCUCCAUUCGAGAACCUGAAUCCAAGAAGGAACUAUAUGCACAGCCAGGUGAGAGGGGCCAUCAAAAACUUAGCUCCGCGUUCUCUGUCCUUGAGGUUUGGUCAAAAACUGCCAGUUGCUAAUGUCAGCAACAAGAGUCCCGAUAAUUACAAGAAACAGUUUCUAUUUAAAAAAAAGAAACACUUGAGCUAGCAGAAAAUUUGGAGACCUAGUUCUUUGUCUCCUCUAUUUUGGAAGACAGAUUCAGUUUAAAGGGACACUGUAGGCACCCAGACCACUUCAGCUCAUAAAAGUGGUCUGGGUGCCAACUCGCAUCACACUUAACCCUAGAGUGGUAAUUAUUGCAGGUUUUUUUAUAAACUGCAAUAAUUACCUCUGAGGGUUAACUCCUCCUCUAUUGGCUGUCUACCUGAUAGCCAGUAGAGGGACUUCCGGCUUCUUAGAUUACUUUUGGUCAUCUAAACCACGCUGGACGUCCUCACGCAAUGCAUGAGGACUUCCAGCGUCACUGGAAUCCCCAUAGGAAAGUAUUGAAUAAUGCUUUCCUUUGGGGAGAUCCUAAUGCGAGCGUGGCCAUUGCAGCGCAUGCGCAUUAGGACUCCCCCACGUUGGUGGGAGAGGAGCGUGAGCAGAGCUGAGCCAGCGCUGAGGACACCGGCGCUGGACCCAGGUAAGUGACCCUUUAGCGCUGCAGGAGGGGACCUUGACAGAGAGGGAAGCUAUAGUGCCAGGAAAACAAGUUUGUUUUACUGGCACUAUAGUUUCCCUUUAAAAUCAGCAAAAAUUAAGACAUAAAAGUUUGUCAAAUUAUUUAGAAAGAAUCUGUUCCUUCAUGUGUAGAUGCUUAUUUGUCCAUCUGAGAUGCCCUUGUUUAUGCUUGUUCCAUUAACGGCAAAUUUUAAAGGAAAAAUAUGGGAUAAGAUUAAGAAUUUAUUUUGCAUUUAAUAUCAUAGUUAUAAUUAUUACUAAUUUAUACAGACAAAUGUAUCUCAUAAAAAAAAAUAAAGAAUUACACGUCGUUUAACUUCCUAUGAGACCUUGCACUCCAGAAAAAGACCUCCAAUCAGGAGAGCCAUAAGUGUAUCUACUUUUUGGUGAACAGGGUUGCAACUAUUGACAGAGCCAUUGUCUGCUAAUGCAUGAAUAUGUGCAUGUUGAAAGAAGAAAAAAAAACUAGACUUAUUUAAUACAGGCAACGCAGGCAACUGAGGGUUUUGGACUUCUUGGUUGACCGUUAUUCUCCUUGUGAGGUAUGGAACCAGGACAGAGGGCACAGAAAAUCUUUUGGGUUAUGUCAAUGAUGCAACUGCAUAUGGGGCAGGCCUUUUGGAGAAAGGUCAGCCUGGUGUGAAUGCAUUACAGGCUGAUUGGGCAUACUGCUGGCCAACCCAACUUAGGGGAGCACGCACAGGGUCCUUCUAAAAUUUGCACAGCAUUAGUGCAUCGAACGAUACUCAUGCUGUGACUUACGGGGACCCCAGAUGCAGAACACCACAAUGCAAACCUGGCACAACAGGACAGUUAGGAGACAUGUUUAUGUAAUCUAGCAAAGUUGUGAUGGUGCUUAGAGUGAUCAUUAAAACUACUGUGUAAUUUUUCUAACCUUUUUAGUUUUAGGUAACAUUAUCCUUCUACUAUUCGAUGUUGUUAUAAAUUAAAGUGGAACACAGCACAUUUCACCAUGUUUAUUUUUUUUAUUGUUGUAAAUGAUGCUGCAAUAUAAAAGGUUUGUUUCUGUCUCCACAGGUUCCUCUCAAGCCACCUCGACACGUCAGCUUUCAGGACGAAGAUGAAAUUGUGCGCAUCAAUCCCCGUGAUAUCAUCAUCCGGCGCUAUGCGGACUACAGGCAUCCAGAGAUAUGGCGGAACGACCCGGAGCGGGACGAGCCGGAGAUCGGUGCUCUUGACACAAAAACAGACAGUAAAAAAUGCAACUAUGUUUACUCCCCGGCCAAUGGCAGAGACUCUAUUAAAGAGCAUAAAGGGUCUGGAGUAUUUAUAACCCAACCCACAUCUUCCCUGAAGAAAAGGCGGAAAGAGGAUGGGGAGCGUUCCAGGUGUGUAUACUGUCAGGAACGCUUCAAUCACGAAGAGAACGGGAGGGGGAAAUGCCAAGAUGCACCAGACCCUAUUAGGCGUUGCAUCUACCAGGUCAGCUGUAUGCUGUGUGCGGAGAGCAUGCUCUACCACUGCAUGUCGGACUCUGAAGGAGACUUCUCAGACCCCUGCUCUUGUGACGCCUCCGAUGAAAACUUGUGCCUCCGUUGGCUGGCUCUAAUCACGUUAUCCUUCAUUGCUCCCUGUAUGUGCUGCUACCUCCCCCUGCGUGCCUGUCAUCAUUGUGGGGAGAUGUGCGGCUGCUGCGGGGGGAAGCACAAAGCCGCUGGAUGA